AUGGCAGGGCGAAGCAGAAGAGCAUGGUUCAGUGUUCUGCUCGGACUGGUGGUCGGUUUCACACUGGCGUCCAGACUCAUUUUACCCAAAGCCACCGAGCUGAAGAAAGCAGGACAGAAACGCAAAGCAAACCCGGCAGGCUGUGGGUUGAACCGGGCUCUCAGAAAGGAAUACGGCGGAGUACUAUGGUCACAGCAGGACACCGGGUCACCGGCGACCGAGAAACCCAGCUCCAGAUCCGAUAGUUUCCUAUUUGUUGGAGUGAUGACCGCCCAGAAGUACCUGAACAACCGAGCUGUAGCAGCACACAGGUAUGAAUUAUCCUCCCUGCUAACCUCAGGCAGAUAUCUGCCCUUAAAGGAGACAGCCUCACUGUCUGGAGUAGCUUUUACAGUUUAUUCCACUGUUCAUUCUGAUCAAAUACUGGCUGGUGUCUCCACACCGAUUAUUAACACUCAACCCCAGAGGACAUCAUAUUAAAGGGAUCCAGGAGUGAGUACAUAAACAGGGACGUGUAGGGGCGACAUGGACCCCCACCACCCUAACCCUAACCACAUUUUGUUUUCCCAAAAUCCUAAAAUAUGAUCUACUAUUUUAAUGUUGUCAGACUCCACAAACUGCUGCAUAAUUUCUUUGCAUUUACCCAUUGCACAUUUUUCCUUCUUGUCUUUUAAACAAUUAAAAAAAAGAAACACUCUACUCACCUCUCCCAAGCCAAAGGUUAUUUAGAAAAAUAGGUUCUUCAAAAUCUGCAAGGCAAGUCCUCCAAACUUAAAAGAAGCAGUAGUUCCAAAAGUAGGGUUCACGAGACACUAAUAAUGGCGCCGGGAUGCCACCAGUCAUAAAUAAAUCAAUAAAAUAGCCCCUUUGAAACACUGUAGCAUAAAAAUGUACAAAAAUAGAAUGGAGACGUUUUUACUGUGAAACUCAGGACACACAGACCCACCUGUGAAAGUUUGUAUUUUGCCUCCAGCAUUUGAAAGGAAAUAAUAACACUAAAACCCUUGUUUAUUUUGGCUGUUGUGAUUUUUUGUGUUUCUCCAUUGUCUAGUUUGAUUUGGUCUGUUAAUGCUUUUGAACAGAUAUGAGUAACAUGUGACCAGCUCAGGAGACAGAGUCCAGUGGCCGGUCUCUGGCUCUCUUAUUUUGGGUGUUGUGGGCUGAAAAGUUUGGGAACUCCUGGUCUACAGUAAAUUUUUAUGAACAGUUUUGAUAAUUAUUUUUGCUGACUCUUUGCUAUUACAAAACCCAAUUCCAUUGAAGUUGGGAAAUUGUGAUAAACGUAAAUAAAAACAGAAUACAACGAUUUGAAAAUUCUUUUCAACCUAUAUUCAACUGAAUACACUACAAAGACAAGAUAUUUAAUGUUCAAACUCAUAAAUUUUUUUUUGCAAAUAAUCAUUAUCUUUAGAAUUUCAUGGCUGCAACACAUGUAGUAGUAGUACAAGUUGGGACAGGGGCAUGUUUACCAUUGUGUUACAUCACCUUUCCUUUCAGUAACACUCAAUAAAUGUUUGGGAACUGAGGAGACUAAUUGUUGAAGCUUUGAAGGUGGAAUUCUUUCCCAUUCUUGCUUGAUGUACAGCUUCAGUUGUUUAACAGUCCAGGGUCUCUGUUGUCGUAUUUUACGCUUCAUAAUGCGCCACGCAUUUUCAAUGGGAGACAGGUCUGGACUGCAGGCAGGCCAGUUGAGUACCCGCACUCUUUUACCACGAAGCCACGCUGUUGUAACACGUGCAGAAUGUGGCUUGGCACUGUCUUGUUGAAAUAAGCAGGGGCAUCCAUGAAAAGAUGUUGCUUGGAUGGCAGCAUAUGUUGCUCCAAAACUUGUACCUUUCAGCAUUAAUGUUGUCUUCACAGAUGUGUAAAUUACCCAUGUCUUGGGCACUAAUGCACCCCCAUACCAUCACAGAUGCUGGCUUUUGAACUUUGCGUCGAUUAUAGUCCGGACAGUUCUUUUCCUCUUUGGCUCGGAGGACAUGACGUCCACUAUUUUCAGAAACAAUUUGAAAUGUGGACUCGUCAGACCACAGAACACUUUUCCACUUUGCAUCAGUCCAUCUUAGAUGAGCAUAGGCCCAGAGAAGCCGGCGGCGUUUCUGGACAUUGUUAAUAAAUGGCUUUUGCUUUGAAGUAGAGUUUUAACUUGCACUUGCAGAUGUAGCGAUGAACUGUAUUUACUGACAGUGGUUUUCUGAAGUGUUCCUGAGCCCAUGUGGUGAUAUCCUUUGCACAUUGAUGUUGGUUUUUUAUACAGCGCCGCCUGAGGGAUCAAAGGUCACGGGCAUUUGAUGUUGGUUCUCCAGAUUCUCUGAACCUUUUGAUAUUAUGGACCGUAGAUGUUGAAAUCCCUAAAUUCCUUGCAAUUGUACUUUGAGAAACAUUGUUCUUAAACUGUUCGACUAUUUGCUCAUGCAGUUGUUCACAAAGUGGUAAACCUCGCCCCAUCCUUGCUUGUUUAUGACUGAGAAUUUUUGGGAAAGCUGCUUUUAUACCCAAUCAUGGCACCCACCUGUUCCCAAUUAGCCUGCUCACCUGUGGGAUGUUGCAAAUAGGAGUUUGAUGAGAAUUCCUCAAAUUUCUCAGUAUUUUUUGCCAUCUUUCUCAACUUCUUUGGUGCGUGUUGCAGCCAUCAAAUUCUGAGUUAAUUAUAAUUUGCAAAAAAAAAUAAUGUUUUUGAGUUUGAAUAUAUCUUGUCUUUGUAGUGUAUUCAAUUGAAUAUAGGUUGAAAAGGAUUUGCAAAUCAUUGUAUUGUGUUUUUAUUUACGUUUAUCACAAUUUCCCAACUACAGUGGAAUUGGGCUUCUCUGAUGUGUCACUUGUCAUAGUAAAAUCAUGGCACACGCUAAGACCAGUAGGAUACUUUGAUGUUGGUUAAAAUAUCUGUCAUUUAGUAAACAAGAUAAUUGGAAACGGGAUGACUGCUGAUAAUGUGUGUGUAAAUAUUUCAUGCCAGCUUGGCCUGAAAAGUCUGGACAUGCCCUUGGUCACAGAUCAACUACAUCAGGUGAUGAGGUGUUGUCGUGUGAUAUUCUGGUUUUAGGUUUAAUGUGGUUUACGUUUAAAUUUGCAGUUACGUUCUACUAGGUAACUUUUCUCUGUCGGCUGUUACAGCGAAAGAAAAUCUACCUGAUUUCCAGUUUCCCUGUUUAUGUCCUGAAAAGUACUUGUAAUGUGCUCUAUAAUCCAGAUUUAACUAGCUUACUUUUUACACAAGUCCAAGACUUAAACAAUACCUUUGAAAGCUUUGACGUCUUUACUUUUUGUUUUAUCCCAUCAGACAGUUGUGCAAACAAAAAAAAAACAAAUAUGACAUCAAUGGAGGAUUCUGAGACAGGAGUGGACCAAGAUUCUUAACUUAACGCCAGUUUUUCAGCCAAUCACUUAACUGUCAGUUUACGUUGUUGAAAAUGACGAAAUCAAAGUUUUUAAAGUAUGAGUCCUUGCAAGAGUCAGUUAUUAAUGUAUUUCAGCAAGGGUGAAAAACCCCUAAGAGCUUCAAAUAAGGCUGAACCCAAAAAUGGGAAUUCCGUAAUGAAAAGCGAGAUGCAAAAAUCACUUAGUAACAGAAGUUUAAUGUUAAUAUGCAGCUCAAACAGAACCCUUUAAAUGCAUAACAGUACAAAAGUAAAACUCACUGGCUGAUAAAUGAAAUAAGGAAGAACUCAGCGUAGAGGUUUUUAAAGGAAUAAGAAAAAAAGACCAUAACACAUGUUAAAAGCUGUAUCUUGAUAAUGGAGAUGAUGAUAAGAAAUCGGUUUCUUUUUUCCUUUAUCUCAGACAUGUUAUCUUUUUUCACGUACUGUGGCAUGUUUUGGCAGAAACUUUCGCCUUCCUUAGAAGUGUCACUUGGUGGUAGGUGUGACAUGUCAUAUCAGCUGGUGUUACGGAGGCGAUGGUGAUUAACCAAUAAACACUGUAAAACUGACUUUUGUGCUACAAACAACUGGCAGCCUCCAGUCUUCAGAAACAAAGCAGUUGCAGAAAUGCUAAAACUUGCAGUUCAUUAAUGUCCACGAGGGGAUGGCUCCAGAAUCCUGGAAACCCCACGGGCACUCAUUCUAAAAAGCCCAUCUUUAUAGCAAGAAUGAACAUGUCUAUAAACCAGGUUCAGAAAACAUUCUGGUCUGAUCAGCCUCUUUUCUUUCUCUGCACACACCAGGCAGGGGAUGAAUUUAGUUUACAACUUCAGUUUUGAGACAUGAAGGCUCCAGGUUCCAGGAUAUGGCUGACUUGACUAAGUCCACUUCAUCUCUUUGCCUCAUUCCAGGUUGAAAAUUGGGUUGAGUCAGCAUAUUGCUGAUCAGGGACAGUCUUUGGUGCCCUGAUGUCAUGAGGGACUGUGAGUGGAGCUGCUAACAGCCAUGUUGCUAAUUUAAAUGUUCUCAUUGUACUUGAUGGCGUUUUACACCAAACGUCAUUUACUAUUGUCAGGCAUAUAGAGGCAAGAUGGGCUGAUUGUUAGGCCACAAAGGUGUGUGUGUGUGUGUGUGUGUUUAUAUGAAACGACACACUGGGGCUUUGACUCCAAAAUAUGUUUAAAAGGGACCCCGCAUAAAAAAUACUCAAGUGCCCUUUUAAAAGCUUUUUAAGUCUUUUUAGAAUAAAUGUGGAGGGGUGAGAGCAAAAUCUGACAGCACUGUUGCAGACAUGUUUGUAAUCUUUGUGGUAAAUGUGAAUGCUUUUAACAAGACACUGACGAAGGAUUUCCACCAAAUACCAUAAAUUAUAGUGAUGACUUUAUUCGACUCCCCGUCAGUGAUGCAGAUGUAUUUCGUAAUGUCAUUUAGACUGAUCAGAAACAUGCUGACCUCUGUGAACCUCCCUUCAUUGGAAACUUGUACAGUAACUGUGCUAACAGCAGCUUUGUCUGCAGGCCAGAGAGGAAUUAAGUUAGGAAAACAAAAAUACAUGUCAGUUAUUGAUGCUGUUUGCAUGUAACACCUCAUUGGUUUUGUUUGUGUUUUUAAGUUGCAUGUCGCAUCAUAUGCAUCUAAUGGAACUCGUGUAAACACAGUCCUCGUAAAGCAGGAACCAGUUUAUGUUCACAUCUGCAUUGAUUUUAUGGCGUCCCCUGCUCUGUAAUCAGUGCAGCUCACUAAAGCAGCUGUGUGACAGCUCACCUCACUCAUGAAACUAUGACCCAGAGCGUGUUUGAUUUCUUCAUUUUCCUCUGACCUAAGUAUGUGAGGAACCUCAGUCUGGGAUUUCAGAUUUCAGUAACACAGCUCUGCUGCAAGGACUGUGAGCUACAUUUGGUUCAAAAGCUGGACAUUUCAUGGCAGUACAAAGUCCAGAACUUCUGUGGUAAUCAAGUCAUCAUCUGAACAUGUACAUAACUGUCCAAAGAUGGAACUCUAUAAAUGCAUUUUCUUGUGUUAGUUUAGAGCAGACAUUGGCUGUUUUGCUAAGUUCAUUAAAUCUUGUGCUUUAGUUUCCUCUGGCUGUUCCUCUCUACUCUGAUAAUCCCAUGAAGAAUGCUGCAGGAGCCUCUUGGUCCACAGAGCAGUCAGUAAUGAUGUCUUGUCCCUUAUUUGGUGUCAGAUACCCAAAUAAUGCUAAAAUUGUUCAAAUUGUGAACACAUGGACAUACAUGAGCGCUAUAAGAACUAUAUUUGAUAACUUAAACUGAGUUUGACCCACCUGUCAUCUGUACACACUGAGAAGGUGCCCUGUGAGAUUUUUUGUACACUGGGGUCAGAAACCAAUAAGACCUAAAAACAAACUGACCUGUUUAAGACGUUUGAUCGAUAUCUACGUAUUGGGAAAUAAGGGUUGGUUGGACCAGUAUGUAUAAUCAGUUUGCCUUUUGAGAAUGAAAUAAUGACGUAUGUUGUGGGUCAAGAAAGCGUGUGAUGAUAAUACCAUGUAUCUGAUUGGUCCAUAGUAGGCUAAUUUGAUGGUUUUUUGGGGUUUUUUUUUUUUUUUAUGCUGGUUGCAUUGAGUAACCAGUGAGUUAGCUGUAGCAGCCCUCCAAAAGAUGUCCAGACACUUUAAUGACUCAUGUUACAAGAUUCAGUGUGAUUUCAAAAACAACAUGCACCUCUCAAUAGUCAUUUAUUUUUUUGUGAUUCGUCCUGUAGCUGGUUUCAUUCAAUACUUACAAUGUAAUGGAGGAAGUGUGUACAUCAUUUCAAAAUAAAAGUAGCCUAUGUUUUACUUUGAACAGUACAGAAAAUGAAGCAACCUAAUGACAGACAGUAAAAAUGUCCAGAUCAAAGCAUCACAGUCUUUUUUGUAUAGGUCACCACAAACUGUUCACUGGGUUACUUAUGCUAAUCAUUACUGCAGUGCAAAUCAUGUCCAAAGAGAUUAGAGAUAAAAAGGGGACUCACAUUUCCAUGUUGGUUUGGUUUUUUUUUUUCUAAAAGAACAGAGUGUUUGUUAUAAAUCUUCAUGAGUUAGUCAAAGCUAGUUAUUUUUACAGGAAACUGAACUUAAAUGACUGCUUUGUAACUUGUUUAAACCAAAAAGUGGAAGCUUUUAAAAGAUCUGCACCAUGUGAUUUUUUUUUUUUUUUUUUUUUGUGACGUUAAAGCGUAGCUGCUUUUCUCUAAAUCAUUACAGGAGGUUUGGAUUUGGUGCUACUUCUGACCAAAAGUUUGACAAUACUCUAAAUGUGAAGGUAUCACAGUACUUUUGAGUCGCACACUUGGCUGUCCUAAAGUCGGAAUGUACAGUAUGUGUGUGUUUCAAUUCCAGCUUUGCUCAACUUUUAACUUUUGAAGCUGAGAGUUUCUGACCAUGUUUGUAAUUAAUCCACCUCUGUGUGUUCACAGGACGUGGGCACAGACAAUUCCAGGUCAGGUGGAGUUUUUCUCCAGCGAAGGCUCCGACACCUCCCUACCUAUUCCAAUAGUGGCUCUGAGGAAUGUGGAUGAUUCCUACCCUCCCCAAAAGAAGUCCUUUAUGAUGCUCAAGUAUAUGCAUGACCAUUACCUGGACAAGUAUGAGUGGUUUAUGAGGGCGGAUGAUGAUGUCUACAUCAAGGGUGAGAAGCUGGAGAGUUUCCUGCGCAGCCUUAAUAGCAGUGAGGCCAUCUUUCUAGGCCAAACAGGGAUGGGGGCCAGGGACGAGCUGGGGAAGCUGGCCCUGGAACCUGGGGAGAACUUCUGCAUGGGGGGACCAGGGGUCAUCAUGAGCCGUGAGGUCCUUAAGAGGAUGGUGCCCCACAUACGAGAGUGUUUACAGGAGAUGUACACCACCCACGAGGAUGUGGAGGUGGGCCGGUGUGUCAGGAGGUUCGCCGGGGUCCAGUGUGUCUGGUCCUACGAGGUAAGAUGAAAAGGAGAAACCGCCUUGAUGCUCACUUUCUCUUCGUUGAGGUCUUUCAGAUGUGUUUUAAAAACUGACUUCUCUCACAUUGUUGGGUUGAAACAAGUCGUUGAAAUCAAACAUGUGUCCACUGUAAGUUCUUGUUAUUUUCACCAACAGGCUCGAGUUGAGUUUUCGUUAGGAUCCCUGCAGAGACAGAGACACUGUCAGACUUUCCUGAGACAAAGUGCGAUGCCUGUUUUUAAUCUGAAAAAAGAUCAUCUAUGUAGCUCUGUACGGUCAGCUUCAAUAACACAGACAUAUUCUGGUCGACUGCAGCCUGAGUCAGAUAUUUUUUUCACUGUUAAAGACUGAACAAGACUCUUAAAAGAGACCCACAUCACCUGUUACAUUGAAGCAGUGAUUCGUGUUUCUCUUUAGUUUCCCUUAUUUUGCCUCCUCAUCAUAUACAGCCACUUUAUCAGCCUGAAAUUAAAUACAGUCAGAUUGACAUUGAGCCAAAGAAGCCUCCUCAGCUUGUUUUCACAGAGAAAGAGAGGGUCUAAUACAGAUGCUCAUCUGGGCCAGUAAGAUGUUUGGACUGAUUUUUAAUGUCUUCAUUGUGUUAGGCUAUAAAUGAAAAAAGGACUGAUAUUUAUAGCAGAGGCAAUAUUAAACUGCAUUAUUAUAAUUAUUAUUAACAGGAAACCAAAAUCUGUCUUUUACAGGAGUCUGAGAAAGAAGCAGACAAACGACAGAGAAUAACAAGAAUAAACUGGUAUUGUUCAGCAGUAAAACCUGCAUACACCACUCAGACCAUCUCUAGUCCCGACUUUCAAAUCUACCGACGGAGUAAAAUACUCUGGUUUAAAGUGACCCUGUGGCUCCAAGCAAAUUGAGGGAGUGAAGACAUUAAAAGCGCCUUAAGCAAAGUCAGAGUGAGUUUGAGGAUUGACACACAUUUGACUGAGGGUUACAGCUCAGGACAGGUUCAAGAGUCAGUCGAAGGUGUGAAUCAGAAGGCUGCUCAUCUAGUAUGGUCUCAGAAACAAAGAUAAACCAGAAGCAGACAUACUUUCUCAGACAGAACACAGAGAUGUGUGUGAAAACCUGAACCAGAGACGAAUUGCAAUGAAGCAUGGUACACUGAGUCCAACAUUUUCAGUAAAGAUGAGAUAGCGUGCAGAUGAAGAAUAUCACCCUAGUCAAUCACUGAACCAGAAAAGGUUAGAUCUGUCAGGUUGUUGCCCCACAGAAUGGACUAGCAUGUGGACUGUUUGAGGACUAACUAGUAAGGUAAAAAAGCUUGGAGUGUUUGGCUCAGUUGUGCAGCAGACGGCUCAGCUGGAUGCACUGUGCCUGCUGGAGAGUGCAGCAUUCAGUCAUUGUUGAGGCUUGUGUGAGUGUCGUCAGUGUUUGGCCAUGAGAAAGUUAUUAAAACAACACCAUAUACACAAGGAGUCCACCACAAAGAGACAGAGUUAUGGGAGAAAUGCUGCAGCCAUGUCGUCAGAGGAGAGGAGGGGAGAGCGUAUUCCUGUGCGCUCAUUCUAACCAGCUUGCUCUCUGACAUGUCUGGGCAUGGCUGUGCCACAGACCUGCUGCUCAUAUGACCGCUGUUCACAUGAAGCACAGGCGUGUGAAGCUAAUGCAGAUCACACAGUUUAAAGAUGUGACCGUGUGAGACGACAGAGAGCUGAUCUGUUGUAGAUAAGGAAUGUCUCAUCAUGUGCUAAGCUUGGAGCUUAUUCGUCAGAUAAAAAAAAAAGAGGAAAUGUGGUUAGAUGUCAGCGAUGAGUGUGUAAAAUGCGUCACAGUUCUCCUUUAUCUCAGAGGAACAACUCAACAUAUAGUCUGUGUGUGCAGAGAGCAUGACACAACAUAGGAAGCCCUCUGACUGAGGUUUGCCAUUGAGCUGGUUUACAUGUCAGGACCUGCAGCUUAUACUUCUGAUGCUCACAUGAAUCAGUCUUUUGGAUCUGAUCCAGGUGACACAGAGCUGCAGGGCUGCCAUGAAGAGGCCACAGAGAUCAGAUCAGAUCAUUUAAAGCUCCUGUAAGGACUUUUUUAUGUUUAUGAAAUAGACUGAAAUUCAUAUUGAUGCCAUUUUAUGAAAUCCAGAAGCAAACAAGACUAGCCACAAGACUGACAAUUUGUUUCUCAUAAGUUUUAAUGCCUGAAAUCAAUGGGGGGGUGGGGGGUGUUAGCCAGGCAGCUGAAGACACAGCCCUGUUUUUUAUCAUUUCCUAAUAAAAUACACUGUGUGGACAAAAACGGAGAGUAUCUUGUGUCAUCGAUUAAUGAUUCAUGUUGAUUGAGGAAUUCAUGAACGCCCUGGACAUUUAAAAGGAGCCACAGAGCAGAUUGACGAGGGAAAGCCUGUUAACUAAACAUUAAACAGUGUCGGCUAAACAUUUCAUCAGUCAGGGCAGUCUGACUGUUUACACUGAUACACAGGAGUCAACCACACACACACACACACACACACACACACACACACACACACACACACACACACACACACACACACACACACACACACACACACACACACACCAUACAGCCAUGCCUCCAAACACAUUCUCAUCUCUCUGACUUUACCUUAGUGUGUAAAACCGCUGCAGUGCUGCGUCUCUCUCUCUUUCUCUCCCUCUCUCUCUCUCUCUCUCACUGGAGUCCUGAAGUGUACAAUAGUAUCUCUUUAAUAGUAUGCCCAGCUCCCCUUUUCCCAGAAUUCCUUGUCAUGAAACAUCUUGUGAUACAUGAACAGUGAUAUGUGUUGCAACUAUCUCUUCAUAUUUCCUUUUUUCUUUCUUUAGUGUUGCUUUACAGCUCACAGUUAAUCUGUUCAUGCUACAGACCUCAGAAAUAAUCAUAAAAUUCAGUAUGACAUUUCGAAAAACAGCAAAGAUCACUGCAAAGCACAAAGAUGGAAGUCUUGCUGAGUUUAUUUAGGACCCCAACUCUGACUCUUUUUAAUACUGAGUAUUCAUCAGUACUGAGCCCUAAUCAGAAACUUGUAAUUUCUCAGAUAAUAGAGCUGCCAGUUACAUUUUGUUGUGACUAAAGUUUAAAAAAAAACUUGGAGUCUUCAGCUUGUUCUGGAGGAAUCAAUGCAGUGUUGAGGGGCUCAGCCUUGACAUGGAGCAGUAUGAACAGUAUCACAAACUUUGCUGUUCAGCUUCCGAGGGCAGUGUCUGAGAUGCUGAAUCAAGAUGUGGAUUAUUAUUGUGGAUCCAAAAGUUCCAAAACCUGCCUUCUCUACCUACUACUACUUGUCCAAACCACUUGCUCUUUGAUGUCCUUGGCCUUUUACUCUCAAGGAUAUGUUUCCUUUCUUUUUAAGUGCAGAAUUUGUUGCUCUGGUGCAGCAGUAUUUUCCUCUGUUGCUUUGGUGAGCCACUGCAUCUUUAGUCUUCAGGAGUUGUUUUAAAUUGGAACUAUUGAAUGCAGCUUUUUUUUUAACCAACUUAAGUCAUGUUGACAUAUUAGUUUUAAGUAUGCUAACACAGGGCUGCUACUGAAAGGUUACUUGUGCGCAUUUGAAUUCUGUCUCAAAGUGUGCUGAGUUUGUAGCAGCUUAAGCAGACAAAAUGCCAAUCCUCCCUCAGAUUGGCUCUGAUGCAAUUGAUAAGACCAGGGGUCCGUUUCACGUAGCAGGUUUAAUGGAAACUCCGAGUUUGUUAACCCUGAAAUCAGGGAAACUCUGAGUUUUCCGUUUCACAAAGGAGGGUCAGUUAAACCAGGGAGAGAGGGGUAACUCUAACCUGUUUCACAAAGAGAGGUAACUCAACCUCGCGGUCAGUUACCGUAGUAACAGACUCCGUGAACCUAACCUGCUCGGGAGCAGGUUUAACUCAGUAAACCCAGAGUUUCAGGUGAGACAUCGGCAUUUUUUUCAUUUCGAUCAUGUUUUACAUUGUCAAGUAAGUAUUAAGUGACAGUUUGAUCCCUUAAAAAAUGCUCUUUUCACACUCAAAAAUAAAUUUUACUCUCUUAUUAUGUUCCGUUAAAUGAUUAGGAAUAUUAAACUAACACAAAAACGGGUGGUGGUCCAGCAGCCCCACCUUUAACGGAGGAGAGGAGCUGCCGGGGCCCCCCCGUUCGACGAUCGCGGCCGGUCCGAUCGCAAAUCCCCCCCCCCCCACCUUGACAAUGUAAAACAUGAUCAAAAUGAGAAAAUGCAGAUGUCUCGCCUUUUUGCACAAUGUUUUUAUAUUUAAUUAUCAGCUGCUGUCAAGUGCGCUUUUGUCCCGCUGGAUUGCACCUACAUAAAAUAAAUUAAUUUGCUCCAUGCACGCAGUUUCCCUGCAACAGUCUGUCACUGUGAUUGCACAAGACUAGAUUUAAAGUCACGCAUUGACGCGAGCAGCGAUUUCCUUCCAUGCCCUCUCCCUCUCCUUUGCAACUGCUGCUGUAUUGCACUUUCUUUAAAAACGUGCUGUAAUUCGCUGUUGGCUUGCUGCUGCCCCCUCCUUCUCCCUGUUUCCAUUGGUUGAUCAAUGAAUCUGGGCUCCACAGAUGCUGGCUGUUUAUGUCUGGCGUGCACGUGCUUAACUCCAGGUCAAACUACUCGGAGUUGAUAAAUCUGACUCAAAUCAGGUGUUGUGAAACCGGAAACUCAGAGUUUCCCAACUCAGAGUAGAUCAACUCAGAGUUAAGGAUUUAACUCAGAGUUUGUUGAACCACCUACGUGAAACGGACCCCUGGAUGGAGAAAUCUGAACAAGGCAGUUCCGUCCCUUCAUAAAAUGAUAUUCCCAGUGAUGAUAGUUUUAUUCAAAUUCAUUUGAAUUCUUCUGAUAACUCUGACACAUGCGUCUGAAUCCUGAAAUUUCCCAGCAGUAUCAUGUAUUUUUUUCAGUUUAUUUCAUUUAGAUGUGAAGAAAACUUGGAGAGAGAGAAAGAGUAUGACCUACAGUAUAGAGCUGUGGUCUAGAUCCAGACUUUGUUCAGAACUUUUCCAGCUAUCCCAGAGGAUUUUGACAUGGAGUAGGGCCGAGCUGAAGUGAUACCAAACUCCUUUAUAACCAGAGAGAAGGUCCAAAGACCAGAUGGACUAAAUCCAUCAUUACUUGGAAUGCCACUCAUCACAUUGCUGGUCUACACCGUUCUUUGUGCAUCUUUGUACUGUGUGUAUGUGGGUGUAUAUGUGUGUGUGUCUGUCCUUGCCAGUUGUGUGUGAGUGUAAAAAAACGGCCCAGUAUGCGGUGAGCCUGGUGUAUUUUCAGACAUCCUGUGGCUGCUUAGCUGUAUGCUUCUCCUCAGCAGCGCCUUCACAGCUUGCUAAAAGUAGGCCCUGCAAGCGCUGCCCAAAGAGCAAAUAAAUGUUUACAUGCAUGAUUAUAAAAAUAAACAGACGCUGAAUACCACUGUGCCCAAAGAGCAGCCGUUUAGGCUCGUGCAGGCUGCGUGUGGCUACAGGAUGCUAAAUUGUUUAGAGGAGAGACAAGUUAAGGAGACAGAGCCUAAAGUUAGCAACACUCUCGCUGGAUAACCUCUAUUCUAACUGUCAUCAUACUUGAUAAGUUAACCAUAAGUGGUGGAUGAAGCAGCUAGGAAGUCACCCAUCAGUUUGUGGCUGUUCUUGCCAUUCAUGGCGGUCAGUUAUUAUUUUAGAGGCAGAAGUGUCCUUUUAGACGAGGGGUUGAGCUGGAGAACAGUGAAAAGGAUAAUAACCAUGCAAGGUUAUCCAGCUACAGCGUGUGCUCGGAGGUUAUCUCGUAAAACCAUCAACUGUGAGUUUCUGCACCUGUUUUGAUUUGAAUGAGUCAGAGAGGCUGUGAACACAGAACAAACACAAAUUUCACUAACAGAAGUUUGUUUAUGACAAAAACGUUGUCUGCUGUUGAAAGCUGUCUACCAAGAGGCAAAGGUGCAGUGUUAUGAAUUCAUAACAACUAACACAGAGUUAAUUUUACUCAACAGAGGCUUCUUGCUCAAAGAUAUAUUCUUAGGAUGCCAGUUGUUUCUUGUGCAUGCCCUGAAAAUGCUACUGCAUAUCUAUUAUUCUGAUUAAAGGCAAGGUUGACGAUCUGAGAAGCAGUUGAAAAAAACUGAGCCAUUGAGGCAAUUUGAAAAUAGCGUCCCACCCCCCACACACAAACCUCUCCCCUCCGUGCUCCACGAUAACUUCCCCCUCCCCACAACACACGCCCUCUGGCGGCGCAAGAUGCCAGACGGCAGAAGAUCCUACGCUAGCUUCCAAUAGGAUUCACCAUGUCAGGUUGCUAGUGACUAGCGGCAGUAAACGCCAGCUCUGCUAGCGAGCAACGUCUGCAGCUGCCUGGACAGCUACCGUGUUGACACUGCAGAGACUAAUAAGAUGUUUUCAUGUAACUUGUGCCUCGAUAAAAGGCAAAAAUGACCUGUUCAACAAAAACUCUGCUGUCUCGGUGUCUGUUUUCAGGCCCAAAUCCUGGCUGAGCUUUCUCCACCUCUCGAAGGAUGACCCGAUGUUUACUCAAGUUAGAUUCCUCUCUUGGUCACAUCUCCUCUUCGUCUCUGCCCUGUCUUCUGUUGGCUUGCAUUUUCUUAGCACUUUUGGUGGUGGGCCAAGCAGAAGUGGGUUUUUUUGCGCCCUUCUCCAUCGCAGCUCCUGUAGCUCAGCUGAUACGCUACUUUUAGCUGCUCAGAGCUCCGUGGAGGAUGGAGAGAGUGGGAGGGGAUGAGUCGGAACUACAGGAGAGGGGUGUGUUGAAUACAGCAAGGGGAUUGGAUGGAGAGGCAGAGCAGGAGAUUGACCAAUGGGACGGAUGGCUCCCAUUGGUCAAUGUUUUUGCAGCCCUGCACCUGCUAGGGUGAACGGAUCUAUAGGACCAAUCGUCAACCAUGCCUUUAAAUAUGACCAGGGUUACCAUAGAAGAGUAUGUAGACCAUAGAGGAAAGUAUGUAAGUGUUAUGAGAGUUUGGUAAUAAAUAAUCGUUUCCGUAGCCGAAGCCGACAUCUUUUUUGGACAAGAUUUAUCCUCUUUGUAAGAAUGAAUUGCACAGUUACAGUAGUAACUGUAAUAGGAGUCACACUGGUGUAUGACUCCGUCUGUUUUUGUAAGGGAAUUGUGCAGUUUUUUCUCUGUGUCGAUACCCAUCUCUAGUAGCUGAACACAGUUAAGGGUAGAGCUGAUUGUUAUGUGGUGCAGAUGAACCUACUGCCCCAAUUUGCAGAGUGUUACACCACCCCUUUUAAAUUUAGAGUUUUUUUUUUUCAAUCAAACCAGCACUUCACAGGCUUUUAACACUUCUUCAUAUAUGACUUUUUUUUAAAUGCAUGACCUCAACACAUGCAGGAGUAUUGUUAGAAAAAUGCUGGUCAGCCUCUCUUGUCUUGUGUAUUAAAGCAUCUGCUUAUUUUUCCAGCGACAACUUCAGGGUAAAUACAUCAUUAACACAAUAAUUAACUUUUCUAAAUAUGCAGCUCACAUUUUAGAUGAUGACUGACUCGAGUAUUGAAAGUGCAUCUUCUACCCAGAGUUUUGUGAAAGUCUUUGCAGAGUCAGGUCCUUGCUGUGGAUAUUUCUCCAGAUAUUAGCCCUGCAGGCUGCUAAACAGACCGACCUGGGACGUCACGGUGACAGUGAUGGACUGGGCUGACAGGAGCAGGUGCUGUUGACUUUAUGCUGACAGUUUGUUCUUUGGGCCCAUCUGGUACUACUGUUGUUUUUGCAAAGAGAGAUAUUUGUUAUUGGGCUUAAACAAGUCCACAGAGUAGUCCUGAUGAGCUGAAGGAGCGUGUAAGCUUUCCUUGACUGGUCCUUGGUGCAAAAAUAUCGUGAUGGGUCGAUUCAGUUCUUGAUGAACACAGUCAACCUCUCUGCAGCUGUAGGAGUGAAGUUCUGGUCAAUGAAAGACCCAUUUCAUAAUUCAUCAAACAAUGAGUGUGGUCUAGACCUGCUCUUUUUCUUUGGAAAGCGUCUUGGAAUGACAACUGUUGUGAAUUGGCACCAUAUAAAUAAAAUUUGAUUUGAUUUGAUUGAUUUCUUAAUAAACAGUAGUUACAGUAUUCUGUUCAAACAGACUUGUACCUAAUGUAAACAUAGAGGCACAGUGUGAAGAAAUGGAAGUAUGUGGCUAUCAGAUUGUCGCUUGUAUCACUCCCCUACUCUCCCCUCCUGUUGGUGAAGUGGCAUUGGCCUUCAAAGUCAAGACGCUCCUGUGAUGAAUGUGGAGAAUGAUCUCAGUUCAUCAGGUUUUAACAAAUAUCAAUACUUGAUAUGGGUGCAAACUCUGUAGCACUCAACAGCCACUUUCUUCUACACUGUUUGCUGUUCCUUGUCUGAUCUUUGCUCUGGUGGUGGUGCAAGAUGGAGGACAACAAGUGGGUAGAAGAUUUCAAAGGCUUGUUUUGAAUAAUAAGACAAAAGGCUGUGAUAGGGCUCUGGGGGGAGUUGUGUGGGUGACCUUUCUGAGUGUGGAGUUUGGGCUAAAAGUAGACUCCAAUUCUAGAAGUCUAACCAUUUUCAUGAAGGACCUGUGUUUUUGUAGCAGGACUCACAUCAAUCUCAGUUUUAAGUCUCUUCCCUUUACUUUUGUUUCCUGUCUUGGGUGAGUGGGUACGGUUGUGUGGUUGUUCUCGUGAAGAUCUCUUGUGCCUUUCUGAGACGUUUGGUUUGUCUGAUUGAUGAUUUUAGAUGUUUGGGUGUUGUUUGGCAUGAAGAUGAAAUCAUUCACACUAACUGUCUGGGCAUGAUGCUGUGCCCGCAGCUGAAGUUCUAACCUGCCUGAUUUCAGGAAGCUUCAUUAACGUUUUGGUUGUGGGCCUGAACAGCCGCUGGUUCUGACGUGUGCUGGUGCCCCUUCAGGGAGUUUGUGCUGCGGGAUCAUAAUAUAGACGGAGCAUGAUGAAACACAUUGUGGAGCUGGAGCUGCACUCUAAGCUAACAAAAGAAACCAGACCAUUCUCCAGUGAAACCUGAGCCAAUGGUGCAGUCAAAUCUGCAGUAUUUCUCACACAUUUUAAAGCGCUUUCAUGUACUGUACAUGAUAAAAAAUCAAUUCAACACUUGAUCUCAAACUGAAUUUAUCCCUGAAGCUCUUCAUGUGCCUAAAGCUGCAAACUGAGCUGCUGCUGAUAGAGGCUCAGUGCUUUUUCAGGAGCUAGUCUUGUUGUAAAGUUUGGACUACUUUAGGGUUUUGGAUUACACCAAACCAGAACUGAAUUAUGAGCACAGGUUUCCUCCAAACAGAACUGGGACUUACAGUCGGUAAACUGAAUAACAUGACUAUGAAAACGUCAGUGUCCAUACGACAAACUGUAGUGGACACAGGAUCUGAGGAUUACAAAGUUCACUCCUCUGUUAGCUGAUUUAUACCUCACUGUGCAUAAUACAGCAGUGUUUGCAGCUUGUUUUACUGUCCUGCAUCAAGAUCAGUUUUAAAGUCAUUCACAGCAGACAGCUAAAUGAACCUUUGGGAAGAUUCCUGUUAGUGGAGUCCUGUUAGUCCUCUGCUGUACAGGAACAUGGGGGAGGAGGAAGACUGCAGGGACAGGUGGAGGAUGGCAGAGGGAAUGAUGAGGAUCUCUGCAGGAUGAUAACAUUGAAGAAAGGUAGAUUUUACCCAGAUAGCUGUUGUCACAUUGUUAAGUUGGGGUGCAGUCAGUAGUAAUGAUCAAAUAUCAGGCGAGCAGGUGGUGUUAUUUAUAGUGCGCAAAGACUCGAACAAUCCUGAGUUGUGGAAAAGAAUAAAUGAGUGCUCGCUGCGGGUCUGGUCCUUCCUGAAAAGCCUUUUCACAGACCAGCAGCUCAGUCUGCCAGCUCAUGCUCCUGCCUCUCCUCUUUACACCACCUCCUUCUACCUCUCUCUCUCUAAUUGUAUGUUUGCUCUGACUGCAGUGUUGCUGGUGUGUUCCUUUUCUCCUCUUCUUUUCCUCAUGUACAAACCACAGUCUUCACUUUUAGUCAAAUAGCUAACCAGGCUGUGCUACUAUUGUAUAUGCUGUAUACAGGUUAGAGUGUGUGUGUGUGUGCAUGCGUGCAUGCGUGCGUGCAGGGAUGAUUCGGGUCACUUACAAAGUAGCAAAGAAGAAACCAAAGUAUAAUUGUGAUUUCCCAGCAAACAUGGAGGGAUGUGGGUUUUGGUGUUUUCAGUGGGAGACUCUGUAAAUGUGGCUAAUUUUGAAAGAAUGUGUAUUAGAUAGUAUCUGAUGUGCUGUACGGACUGAUAAGAGUGAAUAGGAGCCUCAGUUCUUCUUCUACAGAAAAAACUCUACAGUGAUAAGUGGAUGUUUGAGCAGCUGUGGGAUGAUAAACAGGAUUUAUCCUCUGCAGCAGAAUUAAAACACAUUCCCUGGUCUCUCUCUCUCUCUCUCUCUCUCUCUCUCUCUCUCUCUCUCUCUCUCUCUCUCUCUCUCUCUCUCUCUCUCUCUCUCUCUCUCUCUCUCUCUCUCUCUCUCUCUCUCUCUCUCUCUCUCUCUCUCUCUCUCUCUCUCUCUCUCUCUCUCUCUCUCAGCGUCUGCUUUCUCCUCCUCUUUUGUCUCUCUGCCCUCUCCUCCUUCCUGUUGGCUGUGCCAAAGCUGCUGGCAUUUACUGGCACUGUGAAGCUCUGCCACUGAAGGCCUCAGUCAUGCUCUCUCCUCCCUCCUCCCACUCCUCUCCCCUUCUUUCUCCUUCUCUGUCCUUCAGCUCUUAGGAAGCCCUGACAAGAAUCGAAUGCUGGGAAAUGUAGCUUAAUCCAAGACAAUGUGAAUACAUAAAGUUAAUUAAAAACCCUUUCCUGACAGACAACAGUCUUCAGCUUUGCUACAACUUAUAUGAUCAAGUUUUUUUUUCUCAUAUCACCGCUGUAAAAACAGGUGAAACUGAUACUGUAGACGUCAGCACACACUGAUCUGAUAGCAGCUGAUUCAGUUGUUGUAGCCAAAAGCUUAAUGCUGGACCAACCUGUUUAAUUCAAGUCUGAGGCCUUUUUUCCACAUAUAGCACUCCUGAUAAAUUUCCCAUGUUAUCCAGCGGGGCUGGGCAGUGUCAGCUGAAAUAAAACUCUUUUCUUACUGAUUAGUCUCCUCAAAAUUAACCUUUACAAGAUAAAGACAUGAACCGAACCCCGAAACUACCAAAACCUUUUUCCGUCAGGUUGACUUGAUGUGAGAAACCAGCAGGUUAUAAUCCUCCUCACUGAGCAGGUGAGUGAGGUGAUGAUGCUACUGUUCAUUUUGAGUGAAGUUUCUCUGCUGUGAGCCUCAGCUGUCUGUCUUACAUCGUAUUUUCCUCUGCUGUGUUUGUGCUGUAGUAACGUCUCUCUCAUAGUGAAAUUAACAAGGAAACAGGAGCUUUUACUGAACAGUCCUCACUCAAACCAGGCUGAGAAUCAGAGCUUAUCUGACAGAGGAAACCCCCUGCUGUUGGAUGCAUGGGUAAAUGGCACAUUUUUGCGACACAUCAGGGCCUGGAUGUCUUCAGAUUUUCCAGAAACUGUCAGCAUGAGUGCCCUCUUUUGUCUGAGUGUGGACUUUGUCAAAACCUGGUAUGCCAUCCUGAUGGGCAGGCCUCCCUGGACAGGUUCAAAUCCUGUUUGUGACACUAAAUUGACAGUGAGAGAUGUUUUCUCCUGAAAGUCAUUAUGGUGCCCAGAGGUAGAUUGGGAUUAUCUCAAGAUUUAUUCACAUCUGAGAGGAAGAUUGCAGCGGAGAAUCGACCAUGAUUGGCUGGGAAUAAAUCUUUAGAUAAUUCCAGUCUGCCACUUGUUGCCGUAUUUAACCCUAAGAAGGAAACAUCUCCUACUAUCAGUUUGUUAUUGAAGUACUGCGUUUGGGCAAAGGCAACCCAUCAUGAGCAGAAAAAAAGCUUAAAUAAGGGUUCAGUGAAAAAAAGGUGCUUUUGCAGACAUGUUGCCCUUGUUUUAUUUACAAAGCACUCUACUGAUGGUUUAAAACUGACAAAACAACCAGAUGAACCUUCCAGGAAGUCCAGGAGCAGUCAUGCAUCAGUCUCAGCACUUUCUGCUGGUUUCUCUUUCUCCUUGCACUCAAAGAAAAAACGUGAUCCACCAGCAACCUUUAAACUGAUGACAUGUCCUCUAUAUCACUGACACUGUCAGUUGUAUGGAGCAGGAUUGCACUUGAAAGAAACAGAACAGCUGUUUUGAUGUAGGGCAGUAAAUACAGGGUGAGAGUUUAAUGCAUAAGUAUCAGGGUUUAAGAAUUUUCACAGUUUUCGCCAAAGUCAUCCACCAGAUGUGUGUGAACAUUGCACACUUAGCCAGAUGUGAUGACCUUAUGUUGUUGUAAGCUAAUCUUAAUGCCCUGAUGAUUAGCAUCAGCCAUAGAUGCAAGAACUCCUCUCCAGGCAUGUUGCUGCCUGCAGUUUCUGAGCGAGAUGUGAGUCAGAACAUUUUCCUCCUGCUGGACUCAGGUCCUGAAGAUGGCCGAAACAUUCAGUUUCAGAAUUCUAAAGGACUGGACCAGAGAGAGCCCACUGAUCAUCUAUCUGUCCGCCAACCCAGGCUGAUACAUCCAUCACAAAGGACUUUAUGAUUGACUCGUACAGACUGAAACAAAGUUUGGAUAUGACCUCUUACCUUUGUGUAGUGACCUCAUCCUGCCGGAGCAACCUGAGGCUUCAGUCCAGCAUCCACUCUCAUCCCAGCAAUGCAGCUGCUACACACUGUGUGUGUGUGUGUGUGUGUGUGUGUGUGUGUGUGUGUGUGUGUGUGUGUGUGUGUGUGUGUGUGUGUGUGUGUGUGUGUGUGUGUGUGUGUGUGUGUGUGUGUGUGUGUGUGUGUGUGCUUUCAUGAUAACACAUCUGGUGCAGCAGUGAUGAGUGAACAUGUCAUCAACAGGAGCAGCUGUAAGUUUAUUCAACAAACACAUUUCUGCCUCUGUGUGUGUGUGUGUGUGUGUGUGUGUGUGUGUGUGUGUGUGUGUGUGUGUGUGUGUGUGUGUGUGUGUGUGUGUGUGUGUGUGUGUGUGUGUGUGUGUGUGUGUGUGUGUGUGUGUGUGUGUGUGUGUCUGUGUGUGUCUGUGUGUGUGUGUCACAGCAGGCAGCGUUUCUAUGGGCCAGUGUCUCCACUUUUCCCCCUUACAUGGUGUCUGUGCAGGUGUCUGUUUUUCUGCUGCUUCAAGGGAUCUUCUACAAGGACGAUCACUCAUUUCUGCAAUAACAUGGACGUUUUUUGGACAGUGUCUCUCAAACACUGGCAUCUAAGGGUCAGUGCCAACACAGACAUUUUUCUCAGGCUCGUAUUGAUUUGAGGUGGAAGAGGAAGCCUGUGAAUUGACAGGAUAAAGGCAGUUACAGCUUGUUAACUGAAACAACUACUUGACUGUAGAGAAGUAAUUAGUCAGCUGUUUGUCAAAGGAGGUGCCUGUGAAUAGCCCAGUAAAAGAAUAGAAUAGAAUAGCCUUUAUUGUCGUUAUGUAGGUUCUAUUCACAACAAAACUGGAGAGGCUUCUCCUCAGGUGUGUUAUAAUAUAAAUAUGAAUAUGUUUGCCUAGCAAAUAGUCUUAAAAAUAACUUACAAGUCUAAAAAAGACAGACAAAUAAUCAGCACUACAUUAAUGGCAUGAAAUAUUUCAGGGAAAAAUUAACAAAUUCUCAGAAUUUAUAAAAAAGAAAAAAAAGGGGCAGAAAGUUUACGUAAAGUAAUGAUAGGAGCACCUUUUGUCUUUGAGAUUAGUGCUUUUGGUUCUGACUGAUCAUAGUCAUGUAUCAGAGAAUAAAGGUUUUAGUUUGAGUAUUGUUAAAGUUGUAAUGACUUAAAAGCGAAGGAGUCAUGUGUAUGUUUACAGUCUGUAAAAUAACGACACAAAGAAUGAGAUGUACACCUCCUCCUCUUUAUGUAGAAUGUCAUAAAAAUGACCAGCUUGCAUCAUAUAAGAUGAUAAAAUAGAUAAAUUGAUUGUUUAGGAUUAGGCCUCUGUAUGCUGGUCAUUACCCAGUGAUGGGACCCUCUGUGAUGGGAGGAAACCAUGGUAAUUCAAUGUGAAACAAAGACUCUCUAAUCCUAUUGUGAGGUGAAAGUUUUCCAAGAGUGAGGCUUUUGUUGGCAGUAGUUUGUGCAGAAAGUGCUCCCAUUAGUUAGUACAAAUAAUCAAAUAUGUAACUCCACUGCUGUGUGUAAACUUUUAAAUCAAAAUGAGGACUUGCUGUUUGACCGGAAAAGAAACUGUCUGGGAGCAGGCAGUCGGUGCUGGCAGAUCUGCAGCCAUGAGACCGGCCCAUUCACUCUGCUCAAUUCGCCAAAUGCGCCAUCACAGUCAAUCACAGCGGUGUUGUUAAGCCUCCAGCAUCCAAUUAGAGGAGAUUAUCUUCUAAGAGUCUUACAAUGAGCAUCCACAUCCUCACCAUGUGUUUCGUCCCCAUACAUGGAUCACAGAGGAACUGGCAAUGACACCACCAUGUUCACCACAGUGUCUACCUGAAAGCCGUAUGUUGAUGUUGUGUACGAAGGAUUUCACAUGGAUGUUAUACCGCAGUGUUUGCCUUCUGGAAACAGAGUUCAGGUGUGACUGUUCAGCUGUUUUAACUGGAGCUGCAGACAUCAAUACAACCACAGAACACCACACGGUGAUCUUCCAGAGGGUCACGAAAAACAGCAUGAUUAAUAAAUCUCACCAUAGAUGGUUUUGAAAAAAGUCAUGAUGGUGAUGAUAAAGGAGACACCUGACCACUGAUAUGACCCUCAGAAUUUCGUUCAGGUUCAGUGGGAUCUUGUUUUGUAAAGACAGCAAAAGAAAUCUGAAACAAAUGAAAUGAUCAUGACAGAAGUUAUUUGUCUUUACAUUUCAGUUCCAGGGAUGUGCAUGUUCAAUUUAACCCACCAUUAAGGACCAGACAUCUUAGUUGGUGAAACGAGUUGUAAUAAUUAGGGUAUUGUUGGCCUGAAAUAUAGGUCAUAUGUCAUGUCUAAGCUGUAGCACAUUAGCAGGAGCUGGAGCUUGGCAAUGGCUUCUACCAUCAUGUUAUAAUGCUCUAUGACCUGGAUGGAAAGAACCAUAGAUGACAGAUGGGAUCUCAUAGUUUGACGAAGUUUGUCAGUAUUUUGUUCAUCUAGAAAAUAGAGAUAAAGUUGUGUGUUAGUUGUGUCUGGUUUGGCUCUAGCAUUGUGUAACCAGCACAGGCAUGUGAACAUUAACCUACAUAGAGGACCAAAGGCUGGUGGUGCUUAAUUAACAUUAAUUCACAUCAUUAGAGGAAUAUCCUAAUCCUGAACUACCCAGAUCUAUGUACAUGAGCUGAAAAGGUCAGGUCUGCAGACUCGUGUAGACAUGGACCUUUGUCUGUUCACAGAUGUGUGCUAUUAUAAGUUUGCUAUUAUAAGUUUUUACAGAAAGGAGUCCAGGAGAGAGAGCGUCCUCGGGAUGCAGUUAUCCUCACACUUCACUUUGAUACGGCUGAAAUCAAGGUAGAGAUCUUGUUUGGUUAAGUCCUUCAUGUUAGCGGAGUGUAUUUAGCAGCUUAACUUGAAGCACAUGAUACUGUGCCUGCUGACUGGAGCUUCACUGUGUUUGUUUAUUUAGAGGAAUGUCCUCUCCUUCAUGGUAGAUGCUGGGCUGAUUUAACACAAGGCUGUGAGAAGAGGACAUUCCCUUUCUAACUCCAUGCAUGCUGUUUUGAAGUGUCGAGCUCAGCACUUUGGCUGUGGCUGUCUUACUAAUUUGGAGCCAAACUUGGACCACCAUGACAUUGAUUGAGAUGCUAAUUCUGACUGAUAGAAAGAAGGCUUUUAGACCAGACAUACUCACGAGAGAGAAUGACCACCUAUAACCGCUCACUGUGUCUUUAGAUCAACCCCACUCUGAUCAAGAUGGAACAGAUUUCACUGAGUAUUUUACUAAAAAUGGGAUGAUGCUUUACAAAAUGUUCAGAAUGAAGUGUAAUGAAGAAGAAGAAGACUGAAAACAAAAGAUUCAGACAUAAAGUCAUUGCUUUUGUCAGCUGUCAAUCCCUGUUAGGCUAUACCAGUUGUGUUUUGAGCUCAAACUGAAAUGACUUGAAUUUAAUUUUCUAAUUUCAGUUGCUUUAUUUUCAGAUUGUAGAAAAAUACUUUUAUUUUGAAAGGAAGAAUGAUGCUGCUUCUAGAAAGUACAAAACAAAUAACGAAAAAAAACAGUUGUCCCCAAUUUCCACUGCAUCUGUAACGGCUACAAAAAGGCCAUAUCCACAGAUCGUAGCUGACCGUAAACUUUCAAGUUAAUGUGUCAAUUUUCACCGGCUUCUUUUCGUUCCGCUGCAGAUCGCCGGACUCCGCAGCUGUUCGCAAGAGUUCUUUUUUUCCAGACGCUGUAGCAUGCCAGAUAAAUUCAGCACAGAUUCGCCUGUGCUGGAUAGGAAGUCGAGCACAGACACAAAAUAAAACAUCUGGUUCUUUUCAAAAUAAAACACUCCGCGUUUCAGGCGGAUCGUAUUUCACGCUAUGCAAAUGGGUGGAGACAAACAAGUUAAAGGUUUUUAAACAGCAUUUCACCCGAUGACACCAUGGAUGAGGAGAUGCUGAUUCUAUAAGUCUAGUAAGACUUAGAAUAAGUUUAUAAGAAGUAGAUUUCCUCCUCUGGAAGGACACAAUCUACUGCUUAUAUGGUUAUGUGGCUGUCUUUACAGAGACAACUUGUUAUCUCGGGAUUGCACGUAAAUUCGCGAGUUCUUGUGAGUUCUUGCGAUUCCCGCCACCCCGUAAUCCGCCUCACAAACAGAUCCUGAGGGCAUUGGCGGAUGGCAAAAAUCACUGCUGUUCCGGAUCUGAGCCAUUCCGGACGCGGUGGAAAUUAAGGGGUAAGGAAGAAUUAGAGCUGCAAGAUUAAUCGUCAAAUUGAUUUGCCUCUAUGUCAUGUCUCGUGCCUCCAGGUCACCGUAGGCUAUCCCUUCCUGUGGGAGUGCUCCUCAGUUCCCACACUCACACCAUUCAGAACAAACAUGGCAUUUGCAAAAGAAGGUGAUAAUUUCAUGGCUAAAUAGGAAAAGAGAGAGUCAGACGUGUGGAAUUGGAAGCCAAUGUAAUGAACUACUUCUGUGUCACUACUGUGAGUGAGUGAGUGAGUGAGUGAGCGAGUGAGCGAGUGAGCGAGUGAGCGAGUGAGCGAGUGAGCGAGUGAGCGAGUGAGUGAGCGAGCUAGUUAGUUAGUUAGUCUGUAUUCCCAUAUGCUCUCUUUGUUUUUCUUCUGGCAGUGGAUUCUGUCUUUUUGUAGAGGGUUCAUUUGAUUGUCUGUUCUCUAAAUCAGUUUUCCUUCUACACCCUGUUUGGAUGCAGGUGAGAUAAACUUUUCUUGAAACAUAUUUUCCCCUUGAGUAAUACUCCGUCUCUGCAUCCAGACAGUUUUGGUUUAAUUGGCCUGCGUGUUUAUUUUGGGCUUAUAAAGCUCUAGUGGGGCAGAUUUCAGCCAACAUGUGACAAGCUAAAUAUGGUGAGCCUGUGAAACAUUCACUUCACCUUGUUACCUUAGAAAUAAGAAACUGUGCGAGUGGGACACUUACUCGUUUUCACCAAUCAGUCAAGAAAGGGAGUACACAUCAUAUUGUCUCUAUACAUCUUUAAAAAACUCUAUGGAAACCAGAUUUUCUGUGUUUUGUGAAUACAGUAAAAUUGUGGCAAUAAAAAAAGAGCUGAAUGUUAUCUUUAGGAUCACAGUGGUCUUAGUCACCAGGUCAUAGUUGAGUAUUUCAGUACUGUGACGCAGACUGAGGAGGUACAUUUGUCUGGAGCUGCUCCCUGCAGAGAAAAAAAAUCAGUCGUUCAUGUUGAGGUUUGGGUGGAAAAUCAAAAAUGCUGGCAUUCUUUAAAUUCCUGCAGCCUCCCAUGCAGACCAUACUGAUGUGGUCAGCCUGGACAAAUACUGACAUGUUUGUUGGGCCUUAUUUCUGUAUUCAGACAAACAUGAGGGACAAAAAAAUUCUCUUCUGCUGUGAGAAAAGCUACACUGUCUCUUUAAAUUCUCCAAUUAUCGCUGAAGCCCUAGACAUAAAGCUAUGUUGUACCUCUCUGUCCUCCAUCUGGUCUGGUGCUGGUUUGAGUGCUGAAGAGACAGGUCAUCUCUGUGCAGCAUAAUGAGACAUGGAAACACAGCUGCUGAGAUCCCGAAUUGAAUUAGCCAUCAGUGUGUCAGGGGUGGAGAAAGUCAGAUUCAUGCAUAUGGACUCAGAGGAGCAGGAAUUUGUCAGCCCUCGUGCAGAGAGCUGUGUGUGGCUGUGCGAUCAGAAAGCUGUCUUUGUCAGGAUGGAGAGGGUCUCAGGGCUCAGGUUACUGCUGGGCAGAUGACAGGAAAGGAGAGGGGAGAGAGAAGGAUCAGUGAUCAUCAAAGACACAAGGACGAUUGUCCUCAGGCAUGACAUGAAGAUGAAUAAGGAUGCUACCAGGUUUAUUUCUGCAUCAGCAGCUCGCAGAACAGUGUGGGAUUUUAUUUUUCAGAAGACACCGGUUGACGCAAAUUUUCUUCAAUCUUGACCAUUACCAUGGAAGCCAAAUACAAUGAUCUGACUGAGAUGUGCAUGUGCAUGUGCAUGUGCGUGUACCAACUAUUAUUGAAAUGUCCAGUUGGCAAAUGUGGAGAUGGGUGUUUCAUUGAAACUGCCUUAGCCUCCCUUGGGUCUUUGCUGCUGCCUUGAUUGAUCUGAAGUUAAAGCAGGUAACAGGGCUUGACACUAACUUUUUUCACAAGGAGCACAUGUGCUCCUAAGUUGAAAAAGUAAGGAGCACAUAAAGAACUUUAGGGGCACAAUGAAAAUUGAUCAAAUAAUGUGUGUACUAUUACUUGACAUAAAUAUUGUUACUUGAAAUCAAUUUUUGGUCUUUUGGUCACAUGCAAUGGAAGCUAUUGAAGGGAAACAGCCUUUUUCGAGAACAUCAACUAAUGAUCUAUUGAUGGUUCCUUAUUUAACACCUGACGUUGACAGUGAGGGGGCUGAGUAGUUUUAACCGAGCAGCUGUUGCUAUUCUUGAUUAUGGAGAGUGAGAAGACACCGUUAGAUCCGCAGUGAAUGUCCGUCGGAUAUCCAACCAAAAACUAACUUCACCGCGUUAUUUACAUGAAAAAGCAUUAGUUGCCUCUGCUGAUUUUUUUUUUUUUUUUCAAGCGCACAUGUGCCCCUAAAUACAUUUUACAAUUCGCACACAUCUAAUUUUAGUCGCAAAUGCGAGUAAAACGGUCGCACUGUUGAGCCCUGGAUAAAUUAUGUAUCAGCAAUUAUUCUGCCCUCGCUCCGGAAACAGACGUGACAAGAGGCAUCAUGUAUCUGCCUGUCUCACUGUACUCAUUUUAGAGACGGGCUAUCCAAAGACAAUGACCUGCAAACACCCACUUGGACUCAAAAUUGAUUUGAUAAGAUUUGGGGAGAUCAAAAGUCAUGUUUUACGGCACAUUUAGCAGUGUUAGUCAGAUUUGACCAACCUUGUGAAAGUGCAGGCUGACAGAGGACAUCUGGGUAAAGAUGACAGCAGGUUGCUCUAAAAUCUCAGAGUUUAUUCUGACAGUGUGAAGGACAUUUUCAGAUGAUUUUGUACUGUUUCUGUACUGUGUCCUGGCCUUCUCACUCCUCCCCACCACUUAAUUACUGUUUUUCCAUCUCCAGUCUGCAUGAAUCCAUGAGAAAGCACUCAUCUUCAUGGCUCUCCUCUGUCUCAUUGUAAAGAGUUUGUUUCCUGCAGUGUUCAGAGAUGAUUUCAUCAUCACAGUUACUUCAGAGAGAGGAUGACACCAUGCAAGUUUGAUGACUGGUACCUUUUAUGACCAGAACAAAACAAUGAAGUGAUUACAGUGCUGUACAUGUACUGAUAACAAAUGACAAAGCAAGAAAGCAUUUUGUCAAACAUGUAGAAAUGAUCCAGUUUAUGAUUUAUAAAAGAUUUAGUGCAACUUUGACAAGUUACUUUUAAACUCCGAGGAAAGAAAGAAGAAAUGAUCUGCCUGAUUGAGGAUUUCACUGAUGAGUUGUCAUCACAUGUUCAAAGGAUCGAUGGAAAAGUUCAGUUGAAGUUUUUAGAAAUCACUAGAAUAUUGAAGAAGAAUUCAGGAAGUCUUUUUUUUCAAGUGUGUGUGUGUGUGAUGACAUGUCAGCUGGUGUAACAGAAUGACUUAAAGAGGACAGUGAACACAUGAAUGAAGGGGUUUGUGUGCUGGGUGUGUCCUCAGAUGACACGAACAUUAAAGAACUCGAGUGUGCUGAGCAGGCUAGCAGAAAACCGCACCAGACUCACUCGCUCUUGGCACAAAGGUCGCAGUAUGCCGAUCGGCAUCACCACACCCUCCACUCGCUCUGCCUCCAGGAGGAAAAAACUUAGUAUGUCCCAGAAAACACCAGAUCAUCCCUCAAGUGCUGUGUUCUCAUCAUGGGAGGAACGAGAAAGAGGAACCUUUAGAGACGGCUGAUCUGCUUUAAGACACACGUGAAUGUGAUCAACUACGGUUAGUUUUUAGGUCUAGAACAAAUAUCAGUAAUUCUUCUCCUGCUAUCCCUGGUCUCUAUAGGAGGAGGACACUGUGUCUUUGUGUAUGUGUCCAUGAGCAGCAUUUCUCAGACUGAUUGCAUUCUUAGUCUGUGAAUCUCUGAGGGACAAGGUCUGCUGAGCCCAGAGUCCUGCAGGCUGCAGAGGGAGACUGGCAGACAGGAAGGGAAAACUGUGAGAAACUCAUCAGGUCUGUGAAACACACGGCUGACUCUGUGCUGAUUGUAUUCUGUCCCUGAUGUCCUCGUCUCAGUGCAGAGCUGAGUAAGCUGCAGACUCAUACCCGACUGCUCCUCAAAGACUGCUAUCAGCAGGACUGUGUUGGUGUCCUGCUGGCUCAUAGUGGCUGUUUUCACAUCUAUGAUGGUGGCUCGGGGGCCUGUGUAAGUCUCUUUACUUGUUGUGUAUCACCUGUUGAAGUCCGCUGAACUAGUACAAGUCCAUAGAAUCUGUCCAAGUGAAGAGGUCAUCUCAGUCAAUAAACCAGGGGUCGGGUUAACAACGCUGUCUGUCAAUACAAUAACUGGUUGACCACUAAUGGUUGCGCAAAUAAGAAUCCAGACAAGGUUGGUGAAGCAGAACUUGCUCUACAUUAUGCCACUGGCAAUCCCAGCAGGAGCAGAAAAAUGAUCAACAAGUUGAUCCAAAUAAACCAGAAUUUUUUGAGGCAAAGAGGUGGAGUUGGGGCGGCCCUUUAGCCUCCUAAACAAACCUUAUCAACUUGAUUUAUAAAAAUCUAAUAAGUGACAGAAAAGCAUAGACUGUAUAUACUAUGGACAACUUGGUUCCGCCUACCGCCUGUAUACGGAUUUGAAGCCAAAUAGCUCUCGGUAUUUCUGCGAUUUUUCUUCAUUUCCUUAAACCAGCGCUGCGCAGUCGCUGUGAUGACGCUCGGCUCAAACAGCGUAUCCCUCGGGAGAGCUACGCAAUCCCUGAACGCCCAUAGGCUGUAUCAGGUGUCAAUCAUAGAAAACAUGAACCCCCUAAUAACUUUUAAAAACGGAGCUUUACAGAAAAAAAGAGGACUUGAGCCCAAACCAGUCUUACAAUAACUACAUGUCAACAUCACAAGCAGGGGGGAGAAAAAAUUAUGUUCUGUGUAAUAAAUUUCUAAAGUUUGUCCACAGCUCCAUAAGCUUUGCUGGCGGAGGCGGGAUUUAUGACCCAUACUGCAGCCCAUCAACAGAGGGUGCUGUUCUUGGAGUGGCUUCAACCAGCAAGGAGGCAGACUCUGUCCAUUCUAUAUACAGUCUAUGCAGAAAAGUCAACUCCUGUACAAUAUGUGCAGAUAGAGAAAAAAGCUAUCCUAUUUAUGUGGAGCAUGCCUCAAGUGAACACCUGAGGAAUUGCAGUUUUUUUUAGCGCUGCCAUCCUGGCUUCAUGACUGAAGACCUGAAUUUAUAGCACCUUUGUAGAAAUCUGAACCUCAUAGAUGCUCUUAAAACUGGGAGUGGAUCCACCUUUCUGAAGAGGUGGAUGGGAUCCAGCAGCUUCAGUAGAGAUGGGUUUGAAACCAAAUAUGUGAUCAGGUUGUGUCUGUUGUGGCCUUUGUUGUGUGAACUCAUAAGACAGUUUGGAUAUGGUAGAGUUGAUCUGAUACAUAUCCAGCUUUUAUCUGGUGUUGAUUUUGUCCUAUUUAAAUACAGAGGAGGAAUAAUAAUAUUUUAAAGGUGUGAUGUUUUAAAGGAAAAAAAAAAGGUUGAUUCUUCAGUCGCUUGGUCUCAGUCUCUGUUGAAUAGUUUUCAGGAUGGUCCCAGGACUUAGCCUGGAGCCUAGAGACUGACGUUAAGUAAAGGCCUGAGUCUCCUCACAGCUUCAACAGCUCUAGAGCUCGUCCACAUCAAACAUUUUCAGUUGUUGACAUAUGCGUAUGAGCUGCUAUUUAAUAAUGCACUUUAAUGACAGGCAGUGUGGACAGCUCUGAGCUGUGAGCAGACGGACUGUCGCUGCCUUCAGCUCCACUAUGAAGAGAGAGAAAGAGAAAGGAAGAGAGGGAGGAGGAACAUCUUGCCUAGCAGAAUAUUUGCUCUUCCCUCAUAACUGGAUAAUGACAUCUGUCAUCACCUGUUUCCUCACUCCUUAAAUUAACCUGUUCUCCACUUCCUCAGCUCCCUCCUUCCUUCUCCCUCAGAGUGUUCAGACUGUCUAGGACCACACUCAUUUUUUCCAUAUUCCCUGGCCGUUCUCUGCCUCUCCACUUUCCUCUGAGGAAAUAGUUGUCUCACCAAAUCCACAGGUUAUGACGAGGCAAAUCCUCAAACCAGCGUUAGCUUCUUGCCUUUUUUCACCCUCUGUUGCCAUGUGGAGGAAGUGUGCCAGCAGACCCUGACAUGUUGCUGAUAAAUGGAUCAGGACAGCACCUAUCUGCACUGUGGGUAAGAAACACAGAGCUGACAGGUGAGGGACAAGCUAUCCAGAAGCUUCUGGACAAACAAUGCUGCUGUUAGCAUUCAGGUCAGAGAUGAGACACUUUUUUAACCACAUGGUUUGACUCACGGAGUCUUUGAAAACAGACCUGUUUGAAAGACACAGAGAAGCAUGGUGUGAGAAUAAAGGCGAUGAAACAGGUUUAAAAGGGAGCGCAGUGAUGUCAUUUCAAAGUUUUUUUAAAGCCGUGGUCAGCAUCACACCCUGCUGUUCACAUGACAGUGAGCAGAGAUUUGUUUCACUUAGGAUGCAUUAUAUUCAUGCAUGAUGUAACAAAAUAUCUAUCCAAACAAAUCAGGGACUUCUCUGAGACCACACUUAUAUAUCUGAGUAUUUUUCACUGCAGUUAGACCUCCAGAAUGGGUUUGUACUUCAGGGUUAUUUCAUAAUAUAGUGUCCCAAACAUUGAAAGAGUGAGCACUGGUCAGGCGGUUUUAUACUCAUGUAUAUUCUAGGUUUAAUGUUAAUCCAGCAGGCACAUCCUUAUAUGCAAUAUCAAGCUUACAAGUCAGGAUCAAUGGGGUCUUUAUUACUUUCUCUCUCUCUCUCUCUCUCUCACACACACACACACACACACACACACACACACACACACACACACACACACACACACACACACACACACACACACACACACACACACACACAGGGUGAGAAGUGUCAGCUUUGGAGCUUCCCCUAAUACAUCAUUAUCAAUGAAGGUGUGUCCUUGUCAGGUUAGAUUUCUGCUGCUGCUCAUGGUGAGUGAAGAACAUACAGGUGUACACAUGGGUGUGCAGAACAGGGGGCUAAAAACACAAUCAGUACAAUCUGGGAACAAAUUUGUUCUUAUCUGGCAAUCCUGUGCAACCUGUCAGGGAUUCAGUGUUUCCAUCAUUCAGAACAUAAGACCAACAAUCCUCUCUCUGUGUGCUGCUUGUUUUCAUGGUCCAUCCAAAAGAAGCUCCUGAAGCUUCUUUCGAAGAUGUCUAACAGCAAAUACUGUAUAUUCAGCAGCGCCUGCGUGCAGAUGUCUAUCAUCUAUCAUUGUUGAAUUACCACAGUUGGCCUUUGGACUUGCAAUAUAUGGAUUCAGCUUUCAUGACUGUAUGUGUGUUACAACCUAACAGAGUUUUUGUUUCACAAAUACUGUCCUAGAUAUACAACAACUAGAUGCUAAAGCAGAAAACUGAAUUUAAACUUGAUUAGACUGAGUUUUGAGCCCCCAAGUUUACUGUCUUCACAGCGCCGCUGAGUGGAAGCUAGUCCACAGCAGAGCAGAUUGUCAGUGAUUAAUGGUGUUUAAUAUACUACUUAGUCAUUUGAUUGUGUUAUUUGUUGAACACAGCAGCCUUCUGGGCACCACUGAUCGCUCUUAUCAGUGCACAGUCAACCCAGAAAAGGUCUGCUUUCAGUCUAGGUCAGAAGUUAAUGAUAUGGCGGCCAGCUCUGUAUCUAAAAUUGGUACUGGUCUAAAAAUCCCUCUAAGUUCAUGGCCCAGUGUUUGCCACUCGCUAAGGCACAGACUAUAAAUAGACCGGGUCAAGCUCAUUAGUGUUCCAAGUGAGAGCCUUUUGGGUUUAAGAGAGAAACUCCAACCAUGUACCAAACAUUUGUUACUGUGACACUUUAAUAUGCCUGUGUGUUUGAGCCUGUGUGAAUGAGUUGUUUUCCUGGAUGCCACAAUCAGAUGGUCCAAAGCUCUGUAAAUCCAGUUAGCAGGAGCAGCAUCCCCCACAGCAACCUGCCGGCUCUGCCAGGAAACGUGCUGGGCUGCACUCACUCUCUGCAGUGACAGUGUUUCCAGCUCCUCUGCGUCUCCUCUCACCGUCAUAUCCCCGUGUCUGACAGGCGGAUAAUUUACCUGCUAGACUUCUACUGAUCAGCCCAUUUAAAGAGGUGUCACACUUGAGCCCUGAUAGCACAUGUUUGGGAUUGGGUGCCAGUCUGUGGAGCUGUAACUUCAGGAGAUCAGGAGAAAUUACAGAGAGAGCUUGCAGAAAUGUUCUCUCUGCAGUGGAUCAGGUUUGAUCAGCUUUAGCUGAAUCAGACUAAGUCUCCUUGAGUUUGUAGGAAAUUACUGAAGUGCUACUUUCUUCAUCCAUGUGGGUCCUGGUCAGUUUGAGGUCAGGAGAACAAGACAUGGUGACCAGUGGCUUGUAGGGCUCAGGGCUCAGGAGCGCUUUAAGACCCACACAGACUGAGCUCUAAAGAUGAGGAGGACACAAGCGAGGACUAAAUUGGCUGUCAAAGCUGCAACAUAUCCUUGGAAGGAAAAUGUUCCUAAUCAAAUGGUGCCCACUAAAAGUUUUAGUUUGUGUCUUUGACGGGCUUAGAUUGUUCUGCUAGGUGCCUGACAGAAAUACAGGAAGGACCCCUACAGAGGGAAAAUUUCUUGUUUUAGUAAGCACCUUUGUAACAAGAAACAACCACAUCCCUCUCCUCAAAGCAGACUCAAAUACCAGAUAAAUCAUCUGCCAAGAGUCAACAACAGCAUCUCUUUUUCAGAUUAGUUUGUCAAACGGCCAUGCAGUCCCUCACUGUCAGCUGGCACAGGGAUGGUAGUGAAGGUAUCUGAGGGGUCUUAGAGAGUUUCCCAAGCCCGCUACAUGUGUCAGUACUGACAUCUGGACCAUCAUCUGUAGCCAUCAGCAUACAGCUGUUGCUGCACUUACCCGGGGGUCAGAUGGCCAUGCAGCCGGUGGGAUCAAACAGGGACAGGGUUGUAAUUAGUGACCAACUCCGAGCACUCCCCUCUGGGCAGGUCGCUGGGCCGAGGGAGGGACUGAUCUCUGCGUGCAUGUGUCAGCGCCAACGCUAAAUUCCAGCACUGGGAAUUCAUGCAGAUAUUUGCUUUUUUUUUUUUUUUUGGUAACAGCAGUGGCACGUUUUUUUUCUGAGUCCAGUGAAAACUAGCUUUUUAACAAAAUAACUACUGCAGCUUGUUAGCCAGAGGAAAAGAGUGCAUCCUUAUGAGCUCCCUAUGACUUUCCAUCUCCACUGUGCAUGAUGCAACUGAUAAAAACAUGUCACCCAUUUACCUGUCAGGUUAAGCUUAGCACAGGUUUCAACUGUGUCAAAAUCUCUGUGGGAGAUCAACUCUUUCAAUUUAAUGAAAAAAGAGUUUGUGCAAUUCUGUCAAGUCAAAAGUGUUCACAUUUCCUGAUAUUGCAUUAAAAAUGAUUUAUCAUUUUUAUCGGAAAUCUCAGUCAGCUCUUUUCAGCCUCACACACAAACACACACACGCACACACACAUCCAGAUGGACUGAGGACAGCAAUGACACGCCCCCUUAGCUGACUGGCAUGUGACCGCAUCUCGAUGACCAUCACAUCUCCUCCACGCCUGAGAAACAAACCCACGCACACACACACACACACACACACACACACACACACACACACACACACACACACACACACACACACACACACACACACACACACACACACACUCCAGCAGCUACACAGCAGCUCCCCAAUGAAAAUACUGACAGAAACUUUAAUUCACUCCCAGACAUUGUUGUACAUUGAAAAGAGCUCCUGAUGACAAUACGUUAACCAACAUGUUGUGAAAACUGGUGGAGGAAGCAGGAAAGUUGAACUGGACACAGAAUGUGCAGCUGUAUUCAUGAAUGCAGACAUGAAUGUAACUGGAAAGCGAAAGGGUGUAUUCUCAGCAAACACAAAAAAUACAACAAUCUUACCCACACUUGACAAAGUUUGCUGUUUUUGAAAAUGUGGGACUUGAGUCUGAUUGGACAUCCCGUUGGUGACUCUCUGUGAGAUCACUCACUGUUUAAUUUUUCCGUUAUAUUUCUCCACUCAAUAGUUGAAGUGUUAUCUUGUUCUCCCUCUUUUCUUUGGAGUUUUUGAGAAGUGCAGAGGAGAAUUCCUGAAAUAGAUCCCAUCCUGGUAUCUGUCUUCUUCUUUGUCCUCCGUCACCCUCCAGAGGAAGUGGCCUCCCUCAAACACUGUGAUAAGAGCUCUUAAGCAGGCAGAGAGGAAUCAGUCUUCAAAGGGAGAUUUGCUUUCAGAAUGGAGAGAUUGUUUAGGGCAGGGACUGGGCUAAAGAUUAUAGGCUUGCACAAUUCACUUUCUUUUGUUGAGUGUGUGUGUGUCUGCGUGUAGAAACACUUGUCUCACAGCUUUCCUACACCCACGUCCCAGUUCCCGUUUUCCCUCCAGCUACCUUGGGCGGCACUCACUAAAUGCUAGCUCCAUGGACCACCAGAGCUCCACAAGUAUGCUGCUGCCCACAGCACAGCUAUAAUUACCUACAGCAAUAAAAAAAGAGAAUUUUGACCAAUAUUGGGUAGAUUUCCCUUUACUUUGAUGGAAGCUUUUAAUUUAAGCUCUAGCCUUGAUGUCAUGCUUUGGAUCUGCCCAUGCUUGGCUUCCCUUCAAGCAGGCGGACAGCUGUGAACUGCAGCUGUCUUCUUGUGCCCUCUUCUUUGGAUGCAGAGUGACUGCUGGAGAUUCGACCUGUCAGGUCAACUUCCUCCACAUCGCGUUUUAUUAAUAUGUCCUUUUAGCUGAAUAGAGCUGCUAUUAUUAAAUCUGAUGCCAUCACCAUCAGGGAUGGAACAACCUUUGGAGUUCCUCACCAAUACUGAUACCUCGGCUUUGGUAUGCUGACACCAAGAAUCAGCCAGUCUGGAAAGGAGUGGGCUACAAGAGUGAGGGGGAGGCUAGGCUUUCAUUUCCCCUCUGAUUCACUGAUCAUGUCAUGUUGUCAUAAGUUACUGCUUAAAACAAGCCAUUUCCUGAGGUGGCUGUUUCAGAAUAGCAGUAUCUUCACAAAUAAAGAAUUAGGGACUUUUAACAUGAAAAGUUUGUAGGAAAUGUAGUGUGUUUAUCUUCAAAUUAACUUCACUUUAGCAAAGCUAUAAUUAGUUGCUGAUUGUCCAGAGUUGUGAUUCUUAUUCUUAUGAGGAAGAUGCAGACUCUCGUGAGUGUGCUGGCUGCAGCUCUGCUCUGACCAGGAAGCAGCCUUGUUGAUGUUGGUCACAAAUCACUGGUUUAAUUUUUGGCCGGACACCCCAGCUGCUUCAGCAUUGAGGUCCAACUGCAUAAUGUGUCUGGGCAAAACAACAAUGCAUAGUCAAAAAACGUAUAUUAAAAACCUAUGUUUUUCAAUUGAAGGAUGAGUUUGGGAACUCUGUUUUGGCAUCAUCAGGCCCUUACGUCUUUUAAACCGACAUGAUAUAAUCAGUCCUAAACCAACUGUUGAUCUUGUUUUCUCCACCUUUGAGCCAUAGAGUGUAGUGUGCAGACAGAGCAGAGGCUUGUCUAAAGUGUCGGUCUAACAGUAUCAAUGUACCGCUCAAAUCCUGCACCCUUGGAGUCUGCCCUUGUAGGUUCUGUAAGGACGACAACUGGUGUUUUGAAACUUUAAAAAUCAUAUGUAUUUGUUGCAUGAUAUGUAAAUAUUUGCAUUAAAAAUUGGUUGUGGCGCUGGAGCUCUGGAAGUGUGACUGAAUGUCUAAUUCUGGUUGUGCAAGAUCAGACUGUUUUUUUGUUUUGUUUUUUUCCUUUAACAUAUAUGAUCCAUUUUUUAAAAUGCUGUUUUUGAUCCUGUUUAAAUCAGGGCAUUUGUGUUGAUCCAAGUCAGAGCAGCCUGAUGAUGAAACCCUGGCAGCUUAAGAAGCUCUCCUCAGAAAUUUCAUCAUAGUGUGGUCUUUCAGCAUUUUCAUUACAGAGGGGGUCUGCUUAUUAUUAGCAUUUAUACAUAUAUGCUCUGUUAUUGCCAUGGUAGCUUUCCGUGAUUUACAGCUCAAAAAACCUCUCUAUUUAUCUCAGGCUGGUAAUGGUGGAAACACUCUGUCCACUAUCCUCUGAUUGGCCAGUUCUACAUAAGCCUUGUCUGCUGUCCCCAUGCUAUGAAGUUAUCCUGUUGGAGCUAAUGACUGUGUGUUAACAAGUCCUUUCCAAUCAAUCAUUCCAAUCAAAGGACACAACAGUGUUAGACUCUAAAGAAUGGGCAGUUCAUUUCAGAACAACCUGUGCCUUUUAUUAACAUGCUGAUUAAAGCCACUCGCUCUUCUCCCUCACUGUUUACCCGUGAGGAGACGACAGACGACAGCUCAGGUGUGUGCUCACAUUCAGUUUGACCUCCAAGCAAAGUGAUUUGGAAAAUCUGGAUUAGAGGACAGCCAAUUAAUCUGAGCUUUGGCUUCAUUAGUCACUGAUGGUUGUGCAGCCGGUCAGUCAGGGAUGUACAUCUGUGUUUUGUAUCAGCUUUUUUCUGUUUAAACAAAAGUGAUCAAGUCAUGUGGUCAUUAUUUAUCAAGUAUUCAUCAUUAAUAAAAUCAGUGGCACAAAGUAGUCAGUAAUCAGUAGUAUUAGUAAGAGACACUCCUAAAAAAAAACUGAAAUCUAACCAAGAAAAUUGUCUCCUUUCUAGUCUUAAUGUCUCAUAAUACUUAACUUUAGCUGCAUUAACCUGACAGGUCCAGCUAUGAAUCUUAUGUCAAGACACUCGAGCCAAAUCAAGACGAUGAAGUCCCUAUUCAUGGUUUAUAACAAUAACAUGUUUCAUUCAUGACUAAAGUGUGCGGGGACCAUCUACAAAGUAUUAUAUCAACCAUUCAAUUAAUCUUAAUUUAUAUAGCGCUGAUUCACAACAAGUGGUAUCCCGGGACGCUUGAUAAAAAGCUGGUCUAGACCAGAUUCUGUUUACAAAGAGCCAGUGUAAAGAUGGGAUCAGACUGAGCCUCAUCCUAUAAGAUCAGACCCACUCCCAUCCCAUCUUCAACAACACGAGUGACGCACUUUAAGGCAUUUAUGAAGUUACAGUGGAGAGGAAGAACUUCCUUUAACAGGCAGAAACCUUUAGCAGAAACUGACUGAUGUUAGACAGUCAUCUGCUGAGACAGAGCUGGGUUUAGAGAGGAGAAGUAGGGAGAAGGAUAAAAAGAGAGAUGGACAGACGUGAAUCCACAUCUCUGCAGAGACUGAACAAAUACUGACAUAUGUAAUGCUGCAAAAAUAUGAAGUAACUUCACCCUGGGUUGGUGCAGUCAGUGUCAAAAUCCCUUAUUAAUGCUGUUGUCAUAUUAUGUCAAAGAGUUUGUGAAAAUAUGUGUAUGCACAGCUUGGAACUUUGCCCAAAGUAAGAGUACUUGACUUGUACUUGAUGGUAGUAGCCAAUGUACGAUCUUUUAGGAGCUGUUUUUUUAUUUUUAAAGUUUUAAGGACAGGUAGUCUGAGCAAAUUCCCCUCAGGUCCUCUGUGUGCCUGAAUAUUGAGCAGAGGAAACACACAGCAUCAGGCUUAUUAAACACUGGGUGUUGGUGCAAGACAGAAGUUAAGCAAUAGUGGAGUUCCUUUUCCAGCCUGUAUCAGGUCUCUGUGGUCACGAGUCAUCUCCCGUGGUUUUCCUUUGCAUUUGUAAUACUGAUAAGGUGCAGCAUGUGAACAUUAUAUACUCUCAUGGCUCUGUGCAGUUAGGUCUACUCGGUAGAUUAAGAUUAGACUUUCUCGUCAGUGCAAUCUCUUUGGUGGGAGGACAUGUUUUCUCUUCUCCUGCUUUGAGACAGAUGUGGUAUUCUGAGGUUAUACAAGUUUUUAUGGAGGGGGCUGCUGCUGCUCCUUCAGCUUUCAAUAAGCACCUUGCUUCUUCUCAAACACUCUCACGUUCAGUGUGUAAACACAGACCUUUGCUGGAGUCAUGUCUGUCAACUGAGGAGCAUGUUUGGUUUGGUGAAUCAUAAGAGAGACUUGGAGGAACUUCAGGAUGAGGCCACGUCCACCUGAGGCUGACCUCUGCACAGCAGUCGGGUGGAUCCCAUGAGCCUGUAGGAUAGUUUACUAUGUUGUGAGGAGGAUCAAUAUCUCUUAAGUCAAACCUGCAAAAUUAGAUCAAUUUUAGAUUCCUAAUCAAUCUUACACAGAGACCGAAGUGAAUUAGAGUACGUCUCAUGUUUAGGUGAGGGAAAAACUUACGGUAUCUCCGUAGAUGAUAAGAUGUUCCGCCCAUAAAAAUGUUGUUUUUCAGACAUGAGUCAUGUCUUUAUUAUCACUAUGUACUUAAACAUCUGAAUUUGUUGAAAAUGUUGAGUUCUUUUUUAAUUUUUAAUUUACAAAUGUUGACAUUAUUAGUAGUUUGACACUCUUUUAAAUGUAUGAGAAGUCCAUAGUUUUCUUCCUGACAAUUGUUUUUUGGAGAUAAGUACUUUGGUGUCCUCCCCAAACCAUCCUAGACCAGUUGUGUUUGUCACUGCUGCUAGAUCACAAAAUUGGUCCCAAACUGGAACCCUGUGGUACUCCGCUCUCUCAGGCUCUAUAUCAUUUAUGUUGACUUACUGCUGUUUCCUUUGCACUUUGCAUAAUUACUGAGCCAUUGUAGGGCGUUGCUAUGAAAUCAGUAGAUUUUAGUGGUAAAUGUCAUGAUUAACAGCGUCAGAGGCUUUUAAAAAAAAAAAAAAAAAAAAAACGGAAAAAAUGGCACUCUAACUCUUUCUUUUUUGGCGCAGUAUGAAUCAGCAUCCAGCUCACCAAAGUUUGACUUAAUGGUGAAGUUUCAAUUUUUUUCUCUGGGAAUUUUUUUCCAUUUGGCCCUCUCUAUUGUGGAGCUGUAAUAGAGCUGUAAUAGUGCAUAUCUCCCAUCUCUCCCUGGGAGCCUAAGCUGAGGAAGACAUCUGGAUGGAGGGACUGACUGGAGGCAACAAAGGGCCUUUUCUGUGUCCUUUUACCCAGUCCUAUCCAAUCCUCAGUGGACACACAAACCAAAGGGCCUGUUCACAUUCCUCUCUUAUUAGAGCUUUCAGCAGGCUGCUGCAGUCAGAGCUCACAUGCAGCGGCAGAGCUGGGUCAUAAUGCUUUCUGCUGUGAUAAUUUUUCUGUCAUAAUGAGGUCUAAGACAAAUCAGUCCUCCAGAGGGCUCAGGUGGGCUCUCCAUGACAUCUGUGAGCAUUUCAGUCAAAUUACUGUAAAAAUGAAGGGACAAACUGUGUCACAAUAUCUGUCACAUUGAUCAUUUCAUCCACACUUUAUUUGGGAUGUCCUGGCUUCUGUGGCUCCAGAUCCUGGCCUGACUUUUUAAUCAUGAAUACAGCUGGUUCCAAGUCCUGAUCCAAUACUUGUAUUUGCCUUUAUUACAGGGUCUAGUGCUUCUUAUGGUCUUGAUGCCCUAGUCAGAGGUCAGCUCUCACAAAAGAACAUAUUUCACGGCUGUUGGAGUAGCGAUCACAUCAGCCAACAUGAGCUUUUCAAAGGGGAACACACCUCUCCAUCAAUGCCCACUGGUUUACUGUCCGAGAGGCUGAGAGAUGUUAAAUCAAUCAAUCAAUAAACCUUUUUUUUUUUACUACUUAAAGUGUUGUCAGUGGUCUUUAAAUUGUGAUUAUGAAGUUUUAAUCCAAAAUCACAUUACCUGUGUUAUUUUUAAGGGCUUUUCUUCUGCAGAGCUCCAGUAGCUCAUUAGCAAUUUGCCAUUGAGUCAUGGGUGGAGACAGCGCCGCUACGCAAACUCCUCUUCCUGCUAGCUUGCAGCCUAACAUUGCCGGUGUAGUAGAAGUAGCAGGUAACAUGGGAGCUAUUCAGCUCUCAGACACUAAUGUCUUUAGGGACAUGAUGAAAGUUAAUAUAAUUAGCUUUCUUACGAGCAUUGCAAUCUGCUAAAGUACACACUUGUUCCGUGAUCGUCCUCUCUACUCCUCUGAGUCUGGCCUUCUGGGGGCGUAGCUUGGAUUUGCUACGUAGAAAAUCUCACUGUUUCUGAACCUGCUAUUUGGGUGUGCCAGAGAUUCACAGCGAUUUGAAUGAAGAAAUACUCCGAAAAGCAAUUGCGCACUUAGUUUUCUCAUGAUAUGUCCUGUAGCAUCAGAAAAAAUGCCAUAUGAACAUGUAGACAUGAUUUUCAUUGGAGUGGGUCUUUCAGGUUUUAGAUGUUGUAUCAGAUUGGUAGUACUGAUCAUAGCUCUAUUGCUACUGCUUAUUGAAAGGACCAUACUACAGAUAUUGCAAGAGACUGUCAGAUUGUUUAUUGUGAGAAUUUAGACACAGGGUUGCUCAAACUAAUAUAAUGGACUGUCCUGUGUUUGGCGUGUUUUCAGCCCUGUAAGCCACAUGUCCCUGCAGACUUUAAGCUGUGGUUCCUGUCCGUUAUCUUUUAUAACCCAGAACAGAGUAUUACUUCUAGAUCAUAUCAGAUAGCUGUUAACUGUCUGAUUCAGUUUUUCAAAGACUCGUUACGCAGAUGUUGGACCAAAGUCACCAAUCAGAGUACCAACAAAAGAAACUGUUCCACUCUAAUGCACAGCAGCUGCUCCCUACCUCUUGCAUUAUUGUUGAGGGGUGAAGAAGAACACUGCUAAUCAUUAUCUGUGACAGCUGAAGUUUCAGGGCAACUAAGCGCAGAUACAAGAGUGCUUGAUUUCAGGGGUUUGCUGUCAUGGAAACAGUGGGGAGUAUUCACUGAAGGAGGGAAUAGGGUUUCUUGGUCAGUUUCCUCGUCUAGGUUUCUUUGUAAUCUGGGGACUCUGCCAGAGUGCUGACUCAUCGAGACUUGAAGUGACCUAACUGGAACAUGACUGUGCAGAGGAGGGAUGCAGUGGUGAAUACUCCAGCCCAGUAUUUCAUAAGCUGACAUCAAUUGAUAAAUGUUCUCCUUUUGCUCCCUUCAGUCAUUUUACAUGUUCUGCAGUGCUCUCGCACAGGAUCAGCCUCAGACAGAUAAAUCAUUGUAGGAAAUGGAUCAGUCGAAGGUUAUGAUACAGGAUAGUAAUGUCGAAAUGUUGAAGUGGUUCUGAUCAAGGUGUGUGUUCAGUGUUGGUGGACAUGCAGCAGUUUAUUGUCAGAGACCUGUUGGAGCUUGUAUCAUGUCCCUGUGGGUGUUUCUCCAGAAGAACAACAAUGAUUUCUGGUGAUUUCCCGAGAAAUGCUGUCGACAUGUGUGUCGACAGCAAGUGUGUGACUGUAACUCAGUCUCAGUCAGUACAGCAGUCUUUUGAUUUUUUGAUUUUGAGGAAAUGGAGAUAAUGUGUAAGGUGUGUCUGGAUAAAGUCCACCAGAACAAUGCAUAAAUAGCACAGGCGUGUGGACUUAAACCACCAGGGAAGACCAAGGCUUGUGGUUGUGGUCUGCUGGUUUUAGCCACAUUCAGCACACCUUUUUAGCACUGUUUACUCACAGACUCGCUGACUCCAACAUUCACCCAUGUGUGUUCUAGUUUUUUCUCACCUUAGGGAGAGUUGGCUUGUCAGGGUUUCAGUUUCAAAAACCCAUAAAUAGAUUUAAUUUAUAGCAGAUUUUUGGUUCUGGUAGUUUUGUUGUUAGGACUGUUUUGGAAUUGAAUGUCAAUCUGGAUUCAUCCUCUUGCUGCAAAACAAUCUACCUUCAGGUGGCAAGAAAGUAACCUGAAUCUGAGAACGCCAGAAUGGGGAUGGUAGACAAUCUGCAGACUUGAGCAAAGUUUCUCUAAAUUGUUAACAUUACUUGCAUAAGAGCAGACUGAAGCCGCCUGCUGUCCAUGAGUCAUCAGACAUCACAUUUGUUCCGCUCUUUGUUCAGCAUUAGUGCUUUCUUGCGUUUCUGUCACUACCUCUGCGACAUUUACAUUAAAGGGGAAAUGAAGUGAUUUCAGCUGACUAAACUGACACAGCAGUAUGUGUCAGUUUUGGCCUGUGACAGUGAAUUUUCCAUCAAAGCGCCUGGGAGAUUAGCUCCGAACUGAGUCUGUUCUCUCAUAUCCUGCCUGCUGUCUUCCUAAUAUCCUGACUCUGGGCUGUGUAAACUGCCUCUUGUUAUUGUUUGUUGCUUCAUCAAAAGAAUUCGGGCUGAACCCCUCAGUACCUCUUCAGCUCAUCUGUUGAUUUAGUAUUAUUCCCACUAAACCUCUGCCUUGUCCUCACUCUUGAGUCAACUCUCCCUCUCAUGAGUCUAUCAUUGAACUGAAUUGGCCAUCACACUCCCUGGAGGACUGCUUUUCCGUAAAGAGCUGGCGUCCACUUUAGAUGGAUCCGAGCUCACCUCCUUCUGAUAGGAUGAAAACAUGGUCAGUCCAGUUGGACUUUAUGAACUUUCUCUGCAGACUGUCUCUGUAGUCUCACACUUGUAGUCCAUGGGUCAGAAAGCUAAUAUUGAUAAAGCCGUCUGGUGCCGUGAUCCUCUCCCAUCCACACAUCAAUAGCAGACCCACUGUGGAGCUGUCGUAGGUGUGAGAAGCUUUUCCCCAAAUUGAGAAAUUAGUUUGGACAGAGCACCCGUGUUUACAAAAGAGCCAAUUAGCACAGCAUAAUGCCAUCUCCAAUUAGAUUGGCAUGGCCGGCUCAGAAGCGGACUCUGCCUUUGUCCUGCAGAUUAAAUCCAGCCGCAGAGGCAGACAUGCUGCUCUGAGCGAGCCUCAGGCUGCCCUUCCACUGCCUGCUUCUGCUCCCCAUGUGGUACCAUGCAAACACACACACACACACACACACACACACACACACACACACACACACACACACACUCAUACACGAGUCAUGGCAGACUGUAAAAGUGAAGUGAAGGAUCCAGUUGUUCUCCAGGGCAAAUAAUAACCAGGAUGGUUAACACAAAAAAUAAAAAAUUGUGGUUGUUUCAUGAAAAUAUGCUCACCGUCCUGUUUUGCUUAAAUACCAAGGUCUUCCCUGGAAAAAGUCUUUGUCUGGAUAUCAGCAGUUGUUACUCCUAAACCUGUAUUGUUCAGCAUUAAUGGAGCCUUUACAGAUGUGGAAGAUACCCAUGACAUCACCACAUGACUACAAAUGGUCUGUUUUGGAGUUUACUCUGUUUAAAUGCAGGAUGGUCUUACUUCAUACUUGUUGCUAUGUUACUGCCAGCUUGUCAGUGAUGAUGCUGCAAAGUUCCAGUGUCUUUUGUUGACGUUGCUGCUGCAGUUAAAAAAUUAAGGUUCUUGGAUUAGGGGUCAGAGCUGCAUUCAGAUCUUUGAAAUUCGACACCUUCAGGAGAGACACUGAAUUACUCCACUUUAAGUCCUGCUGUGUUGUAGUGAACCGUUGUCCCGGUUUUUCAUAAGACAGUGUUUAUAAUUGACAGUAUGUCAAGCCUUUAGGUUCAGUGUGUUUGAAUGGGACUUACUCACACCUGUAAAUAAUCCAGGGGUCUUACAUUGUGCUAAGAUCUUAGAAAAACCUCUUUGUGUUGGUACGUUUUCAAUGGGUGUUAAAUAUUAAACCAGGUUGGUUUCUAAUGUUUGUCAUCUUGUGUUUGUGUUUGACACAGACUUUUAUUACAGUUCCCUUAAACAGCUUUUACUGAUCCUCUGUAAGUCUUGAGGGGUUGCCAGGCUGGGGAGGCUCAGUGUCAGGGAAUGUAGCUCUUGUGGAGUAUGGCAGUGUGUUUAUUUAAGGCUUUGUGUGCAGGAGUCAUUCCUCUUAAAUAAUCACAGCACAUACUCCUCUCAUUAACACAUUGGUUUGGCACCUUUCUUUACUUUAGAUUACUCCUUAUCUUGAGUAAAGAAAGACUUAAGCUAAAAGCUAUCAACCUCUGUUGAUGGCUGUGUCAUUAUUACUGUGACAUGAAUGAACACAGAAUGAAGGGGGGGGGGGGUCAGCUCUCCUAGCAGUCUAAACUUAUAGCAGUGGAACAAGCUUGAGCCAGGCCUAACUACAAGCUUGAUCAAAAGGUUUUAAGCCUACACCUUAAAAUACAGAGACUCCCUGGACCCUAAAUGAUGGACAGUACCAAAGGUGAGGGGUCUGAUAACUGAAGGCCCCACCUCUCUUACUACUUCUAGGUACCACAGGCAGGCUAGCAUGAGCUCUUGUAGUUCCUGCCAGUCCCCAAGCUGCAGCAUUCUGGACCAGCUGAAGGGCCUUUGCAGAUUUAAUGAGGCAAAACCCAUAAUGAUUAUCCAAAUGACAGGAUACAUGUAAUAUUAAGCAGGAUGUUUUGUGGGAGGACAUGUAUGAUUUUUUUCAUGUUGUGGUUUCAAACACUCUGCCUGCCUGUAAUAAUAAAAGUGUACUGUCUUUAUUUAGUACUGUAUUAAGAUUGAGAUGUCAGCAUGUCUGGUCUGCUGGUCAACAGCUCCCAAACUUUCAUAAAUUUACUGUGUUUAAGCCCAACAGACAGUAACAUAGGACAUGUCUUUGUCUUCACUUUGUCCGAGAGCCAAUCUGAGUCUCAAAGGGAUGUGAGGUUGAUGGGUGUGAAGAAAUUGCACUAACGAGUCAUAAGUUUCAAAGGUGAGCACAAAAGUGCAAGUCGUGGAGUGAGGAAGGUGCUAAUGAUGGUGAAGCCACAGGAGAGAGGCAUAAACAUCCUGGCCAAUUAGCUGUCAGCUGAUGACCACUGGAAUUACCCUGCUGGAUACAGUCUGAGCUCUCCUCUAGCAUCACUUUUAACUGAACAAACCUGAAAAAAAAGUCUGACCUUGACCCACAAAUAAAACAAACACAGACCAAAGCAUAUGGCCUCAUCAAGGAGCUCCAAAAAUCCAGAGUGACUCUUUUGGUUCUCUAAACUCUGUGUGAAAUAAUUGAAUAGGCAGCAGAUAACAGCACAUGUUAUUUAAUCACUUUUAGUUGGAUAUAAAAAAAUGAUUUUGACUUUACCAGAGCCCAUAAACUAGAGGACAGUUAUAGUAUUUUUAUCAGGGUCUUAUUCUUCCAUGUUUCUAUGCUCCAGAUAAGAAUCAGAAGUACUAACUAGCUGUUAGGAUUGCAACAAAAUACUGAAACUGAUCAAAGGCCACCCUCUCAAAGGUCUUACUUUAGUACAGGACAGGCUCAGAUUGUUGUUCAAGGUGUCUGACAACAUUACAGAGAGGAUCAGUUAUUUAUUGGUCACUUCAUUUCCAUCUAUUAACAGUUAUAAAGCCAUGAAACCUUCUCUGUGGGUGCUAACAUAUUGUGCCUGUGCAGCCAAAGCAUGCCUAAAAGCCUCCGGUCUAGAAACAUUGCUGAAUGGACGCCACACUAACCAAAACAAGCCUUUAACUGACCAUUAGACUCAGAAGACCCCUCAGGUGGUCCUGUCCACAUCAGAUUACCAUAGUGAUUUAAAGCAGACAUUCAUGUUUGUGGAAAAUUCAGUGACACUUGUGUGAGCAUUACGCUAGACUUCCAUGGUUCUGUUAAUCUCCGCUCAGAUUCAGUUUGGCUCUGUGCUUCCUUGUCAAGAGACUGAGGAUGUCGUGUGUUAGAGACAAGAUCAAAUGUUGUCUUCCUCCAUGAUGAGCUUGGAAACCUCAUUGUCUCCAGGCUUGGCUCCUCCCACUAUGACAGGUUGUUAGUGUAGUUUGGUCGAAUACUUUUUGUUGUCAGGAUGGGGUGUGUCCUUUCGAGGACUAAACAGAGGUUUUAAUGUUAUCUCUGUGUCUGUACUCUGUGCUAAAUGAUGGAUCAUGCUUCGGUGUCAAGUAGGGCUGAAACGAUUCUUCGAGUACCUUUAAUACAAAAAAGGAUCAAGGAAUUUUCUCUGCCUCGAAUUAUUAUAAUUAGCUUUCUUACGAGCAUUGCAGUCCGCUACAGCACACGCUUGUUCCGCGUUCCUUGUUUCUAAAAAAGGAAAAAAAUUUGAUUGUUCAUUUUCAAGUUAAAUGUUCUGUUUUCUCUUGUAUUUUAACAAUUGCACUUCAAAUUAAAAUUUGAUAUAUACUUCAUUAAUGGAUUGAAUAUUCAGUAGAAUACUCAUUUACUAAAAUAUUCAAUAGCCUAGUGUCCAGCAAAAGUUUGGGCCAUGUGUAUUUGCUGGAUCUGCAGGCAAAUUCUUAAGGAGUCCAUUCUCAUCUAUGCUCUGUGCUUACCAUCAGUGGUUGACUGAUUAUGGUUUUUAAUGGCCAAUGCUGAUACCGAUAAUGAGAGAGCAGGACUGCCGGUGGCUAAUAUAAAAUCCGGUAUCAUGUUGUUGUUUUGUCUUACACUCACAAAUGUAGACAAAUUGAUAUGUUUUCAUUUAGCAAAGAUGGUGGUGAUCACAAUGUUCAGUCUAUCCCUACUCACCAUGCCCAGAGAGUGUGUUACUCAAAGUAGUGCUGAAUCUGACCUGACACCAAACUCCCUCAAUAACACAAACUAACACCUAAUGUAGCCUUGAAGCAGUAAUGUCUGUGUUCUGAGAGGAGAACGUCUUUUAGUUCUUGCAGUUAGGUGUCUUUGAAGAUGUCUCGUUGUUAUUGAAGCGUCUUCCUCUUUAAUGAAAAGGUCUAUCUCUGCAGGGAUCCUCUCUGUAAAGUUGUCAGAGACACUUGAAAUAACAACCUGAGCCUGUCGGUGAAAAAAAAACAAGAACUUUCCUCAGGUGUACUUUGAUCAGGCACAUAUGCCCCUGAGGAUUACGUUGCAGUUAUUAGCUUUAUGCACAUAAAUAUGACUGUUUCACGUCAAGCUUAAGAAAGCUACUUCAGUAAUCUCAGAGAGGGAAGAAAUUGGGCCAGACAUGGCCUACCCAGUGAGGUUAAAGCUUCUGUAAAAAAAAUCUUUCCUGUCUAAAGAACAUCUGUGUUGAAGUCCUCUGCAGUGUGUCUGGAUGACUCAAAGUAUCACUUAUAGAAAGGUGUGAAAAGGUUUCCAUCUGAGAUAUAACUGCAAAAAACAGGAAGUGUUUUAAUUCUGUCAGUGGAACUCCUACACUUGAGUUCUUCUUACACAUGCAUUGUUGGUCAGAUUUCAGGUACAGACUGAUUAGUCAUCUCUGAAGGCCCAGCUCUGCUCAGGACCUCUAUUAUUGAUAUAGUUCCAGUGUGUUUUGACUGGCUGGCUGCCCUUCCUGGUGCUCAGGAAUGCACUAGAAAAGGCUGGUUAUGUUUCCUUGGAAAAGCAAAGACCUGCUCAGGCAGCCACAGAUCAUGUUAAGCUUCAGCCAUCACCGUCCAUGGCUUUGGGCCUGUCCUGUCGAACAACUUGUGCGUCUCAGAGCCGUACCCUGAAAUUAGUCCAUGAGGCAUUCUGGUGCCCCCAUCACUCAGAGGAAACUUACAAAACCCGCCUUCUUGACCAUGGUUCAGAUCCUGCACACCGCUCCAAAGCAGCUGUCCUGGUGUUUACAUGUUAAACCUCUAGUGAUUUGAGAAACAGCAGGUUUGUAAAGCUCAGAGAGGCCUGCAAACACUCAGCGUUGGACUCUGCACUGGGUGCUGCAGCACACACCCAUGGUCCUUUAUAAGGAAAAUGUACCAACAAAAUACAGAACAAAGACCUUUUCAGUUAUGAAAUGAGUUCGGUUCAGAUCUGUUCAUAAGUCUAACACUGUUAGCUGAAAGUCAACUAUGACCUGUGCAUAAACUAGCACUACUCACCAUUUUAUAUCUUAUGUAUUUGUUUGUGUGUAGAAAUAUUUAACACAUUUUCAGUGGUACCUUUAGAGAAUUAUAUUGAUUUAUUAUUAGCAUGAAAAUAAGAAUGACACCUAUUUCUUCCUCCUCAUGCGGCCAAUUAACCCAUUUCUUAACCUUAAGUUUUAUGAAAUCUGUGAACCUCACAUAAAACACUGUCAGAAACUGUAAUCCACAAAAGUAAAGUCUGUAGGAUUUUGAAGAGAUUUCCCACCAGACAGUUUCACUGCCAAAUAGCAUUGUUAAUGCAAGACAGUGUUAGACAUCCACCUCACAAGUGUGUCUGUGAGUGGAGAGAUGAGGUCUGUAACACCUAGUGAACAAAUACAAUAAUGGGACUGAUAAGGCUUUUAAAUCAAAGGAAUUCUGAUAUUCACACAAAAAUGAUGUUCACCAGGUAUUUUUCUGCAUUCAUAUGAAGACAUGAUAUAUUAGACAGGUUAUUUCUGUGAACCAACCUUUAAAGAAAUUGAAUGAUUAUUGAGAUAAAAUCUAAAUUUGAUAAAGAUGUUUGGUAAAAACCUUUUGGGUGGGCUUGGACAUGUCAGAAAAAAAGAAAUGUGAAAUAAUGAACCCCCCUCACAUGGCCUCUGUGGCACUAACACCUAUCAAUCUCCUGUGUCCACAGAUGCAGCAGCUCUUCUACGAGAACUACGAACCAAAUAAGAAAGGCUACAUACGAGAUCUCCACAACAGCAAGAUCCACCGAGCCAUCACCCUCCACCCAAACAAGAACCCUCCCUAUCAGUAUCGCCUGCACAGCUACAUGCUCAGCCGUAAAAUAGCAGACCUGCGACACCGAACCAUCCAGCUGCACCGAGAGAUAGUUCAGAUGGGGCGCUACGGAGCAGCCGAACCUAGCCGAGAGGACCUCCAGCUUGGCAUGCCUCCCUCAUUCAUGCGCUUCCACCCAAGGCAGAGAGAGGAGGUACUGGAAUGGGAGUUUCUGACAGGGAAGUACCUCUUCUCAUCAUUUGAUGGUCAGCCACCACGGAGAGGGAUGGACUCCUCCCAGAGGCAGGCCCUGGAUGACAUCAUCAUGCAAGUAAUGGAGAUGAUCAAUGCCAACGCCAAGACCCGAGGCCGGGUCAUUGAUUUCAAAGAAAUCCAGUAUGGCUACCGGAGGGUCAACCCCUUAUAUGGAGCCGAGUAUGUGCUGGAUCUACUGCUGCUGUACAAGAAGCACAAAGGAAAGACCAUGACGGUUCCUGUAAGGAGGCACGCCUACCUGCAACAGACCUUCAGCCAGAUUCAAUUCAGAGAGGAGGAGGAGAUGGAUGCUAAAGCUCUGGCCAGUCACAUUAACAAGGAAUCUGACUCACUGUCAUUUCUGUCUAACUCCCUAAAGAUGCUGGUGCCUUUCAAGUUGGCCACAUCUGGCCAGGACCAGAGGGAACCAAAAGAGAAGAAAGUCAACAUCCUGGUACCUCUCUCAGGGCGCUACGACAUCUUUGUGCGGUUCAUGGCCAACUUUGAACGAGUCUGUCUGGUCCCUAACCAGAACGUCAGACUGCUGAUCCUUCUCUUCAGCACGGACAACAACACAGAGCGGGUCAGACAGGUGGAGCUGAUGAGGGAGUAUCACAUGAAGUACCCACGGGCCGAGAUGGAGAUCAAAACUGUAGCAGGCUCCUUCUCCAGGGCUCUGGCCUUGGAAGUGGGUUCCUUGCACUUCUCUAAUGAUUCACUGCUCUUCUUCUGUGAUGUAGAUCUGCUCUUUACCAGCGACUUCCUAAAGCGAUGUAGAACUAACACAGCUCUUGGGGAGCAGACCUAUUUCCCCAUCAUCUUCAGCCAGUAUGAUCCCAAAGUGGUGUACGCCGGGAAGGUACCUAGCAACAACCACUACGUCUUCACCUCUAAGACAGGCCUGUGGAGGAACUAUGGAUUUGGGAUCGUCUGUGUCUACAGGGGGGACUUGGUCCGAGCCGGAGGCUUUGACACCUCUAUACAGGGGUGGGGAUUGGAAGACGUUGACCUUUUUAAUAAAUUUGUCCAAUCAGGGAUUAAGUUGUUCAGAAGCACAGACACGGGGAUAGUGCACGUCCAUCACCCUGUCAUAUGUGACCCCAACCUUGAGGCAAAGCAAUAUAAGAUGUGCCUGGGCUCCAAAGCCUCGUCGCAUGGCUCCACCCAGCAGCUGGCCGAGCUCUGGCUGGAGAAGAACGUCCACGGCUUCAGGAGACUUGCCAGCAAUAACGGCUCAGAAAGGACAGCGUGAGAAUGCAGGGCUGUCAAAAACUGUACCUGAACCCGGUCUAAGCUUACUUCUUCCUCUUCGUGGUGUUCUCACUACCUAAUUUAUUUUUUACAGAAAUGAAAGACUCCACAUGGAUAUAUUUUGAAAAUAUGCCUCUUUUUUAUGAAAAAUACAGACAUGUCAUGCUGAACAAUUCAUAGACGCACAGUCUGGGUAAUGAGAGGGUUUCUUGAAUGAUUUAAUAUUGACCAGUAUUCUUGUGUUUGCCUGCUGCUCACCCAGGCUGUGUUACACGUUGGGGAAAGGGGCGGGGCUUUUUUAAAGGAGAAUUUCAGUAUUUUUAAACCUGGGCACUGUUUUUACAUAUGUACUGUUCUGACUGACUAAAAGGUACAAACUGUUAUGAAGGCAAAUUACAGCAUAAUCCUUGCAGGCAAAUGGGCCAGUCUAAAGAUUGUUGAUACGUUUAAAUUCAAGCUGGAGUAGGAACUUUAACUGGACUACUUCCGGUCUGCUAGUAUACAAGCACAGCUGAAGGCCAACUUAUUGACUAAAGUAAGUCUGCUUCUGCUACAGUGGGUGGCAACAUGCCCUCUUUGACUGGUUACGAUUGGACCUUUGCCAAGUAGACUUAUCUCACCACAAACUGAAACAAUAGACAAAAAAAUAAAGUAGGGCCCAAAUGGUCAAAAGUCAAACUGUGAAAACAUUGACACCUUUACAGCUCUGUACCUUUUUAUUUACUGUAAACGUGACUUUUGACAAAAUGACAGGAACGCUUUUUCUCUGGCUUUUUAAAUUUAAAGUAGUUUUUUUUAUGUCCCAGCUUCCUUCUACACAUUCCUGCAAUUAAACUUGCAGAGAUGGAACAGUGGAGCAUGUGCUGGACCCCAGCUGAUUUGAGGCCUGUUCGGGUCUGAUUACUGUAUGUCAUUGUAUUUAAAGCUGUCAGCUGCUGUCAACAAAAGUCACAUUUUUAACCUUAAAAGAGAUCCAUUAUACUCAUUUUCACCUUUUGUGCCAGUCUGAGAGACCUGUAAGGUAGCGUUUAAUGGAUCAAAGCUCAAAUCAGUUCUUGUUUGUCUAAUGCUGGGGGUUAGUGAGAUCCUUGUGUCAGUCUCUGUCUGAAACCCUCUUCUGCUUUUCCAGUGACAUAAAGGCAGACACAUGGUGUUACUUUUUACACAGCUUUGUUGUCAUGUAACGACCUUAAAGUUAUGCCUCCACAGACAGUGUAUGUGGCUAGCUGUUAACCCUGAAUUAUAGCUUUUAAGCUGUCAUUACAUGGCCUAUAAUGAUGCAUGACCUGCAUGGUUACAGCAGUUCAGAGCCCUCAUGGAGGGUCUACAUAGAUGGUCUAUGUACUAUCAAAAUCAACCAAAAUACAGUGGAAGGGGGGAGCUAAGCAGUGAAAUGGACUGUCCAGCUCCUAGGUGGGCAUUUCCUUGACAGAGUUGCCGUAGGAUGGCAGAGACUUAUGUCAAAUUUAGGCCAAGUCUUCCUCAAAAUGAGCCACACAGAGAAGCCAGAACGCACAUCUGGGGAUUAUGCCAAGGCCUGUAUAUGUUCUGUUUGAAAAUGUUGGAUUAGUAUUGACCAUAGAAACAUUAUAUGUAUUCUUCAAAACACAGCAUCAGCAUAAUCAGUCUCCUUUGAGGUAACGGGAGGUGCUGGUCUAACCCCCCAACUUCAAAGAGGACUGCAGAGCCCAUUUGCCUAGAAGGAUAACCUCAGAGCCAUUACAGCCUGUUUCAAGGCUGCUAGCUGAGGCAAUCUGCAAAUAUUCUAAAUGUUAUUCACCCUUUAGUCAUUUAGACUCGAAAAUGUGUAACAAAAAUAGAGCCUUUGAUCAAAUAUAGAAAUUCCCUAUAAUCUGUACCUCACUGAAGUACACCAUUAUGGUCCUUAAUGAUUUCAUUUGUCUAGUUUGCAGAAAAAAGAGGUACCACUUCUGAGAGCAGCAUAGCUCCAACAAACACGACAAGAUUUUUGAUUGUGACUGUUUACAAAAGACUUAAACAACUCUUCAUCAGUGAAAACUGCAAUCACAUCCUGUCAUUCCAUGUCUUUGACCUACAUCAGUUUUCUUCUCCUUUUGCUUUGACAGUCCUGGUCUUAACCACACAACACUGUUGCUGUCUGUCCCAUGUUUAUUUUCAUGUUUUUUUCAUUAUUUUUUUAUUUCUGUGAACCCAACUGCUGGAUUUUGUAUUCUGAAAUCAUCUUUUGCUGUCUAAUUUAUUGAAUUUGCAGACUCCAUUUUUCUACUCUGUCUGUUAAAAUAUGUAUAUUGGAAAGAUUGUAACCAGAUGCGGGGUAGGUUUUUUUUUAAUGUUCUUUUCUUCUUAAACUCAUUAUCACCAAAGAGUUUGCACAGUCUGCUUUAGGGAUCAUGUUGCCUGUUGAGUGUGAGUGAGUGAGUGAGUGAGUGAGUGAGUGAGUGAGUGAGUGAGUGAGUGAGUGAGUGAGUGAGUGAGUGAGUGAGUGAGUGAGUGAGUGAGUGAGUGAGUGAGUGAGUGAGUGAGUGAGUGAGUGAGUGAGUGAGUGAGUGAGUGAGUGAGUGAGUGAGUGGGUGGGUGGGUGGGUGCGUGGGUGCGUGCGUGCGUGCGUGUUGGGUGGUGUUUAGCAUGGUGGUGUUUAGCAGGCACAGACAUGAAACCGGCUGUAUAAUGGAGACAAACACAAAAGCUCUGUGAACCCUGGUGUCUCUGGGUGAAGCAGGAACCUGCCUUUCUUCGGCGGUUCAGGAUGGGAGAGGUUCUCUGGUCGGCCGGUUCAUCAGCAUCUCCCUUCAUCAAUGACUUUGUCUUAAAAAAAAUCUUAAGUGUUGUGGCUGGUCCCGGUCUCUGCUGAGCUGUGAUGAUCUGUGUCUCGGACAGAGUGGUUGUCCUCCUGCUUGUAUUGUCCAUGGGCAGGUACUGUACGUUUGAACGCCCUAUUGGGUGACUGCUUCUCUUCCAGCUUUACAACAUGGAUGGCUGAAUUUGAGACUGAUGGACCAGGAUGAAUGACUGCGCUGUCAUCAAAGUGUUUCUUGGGUUUUUUGUUUUGUUUUCUUUGACUUUUUUUUUGUCUUUUUGUUCUUUAAACUCUGUCCGACUGGGCUAGGUUUUCUAUUUAAAAAGAAAUAAAGUGGGUGGAGAACAAGAGUUUGGCUGUUAUUGUUUUUUAUCAGUCUUUCAUUAUCUCUGUCUCAACCGUCAGGAUGACUGCCGUAACAGGAACAGCAGGUCAAAGUCAGGAGACACCUCAGGGCCUUUUAUGUUCAUUCUUUUCUUCAAUCCUGAUCCUACGCUUUCUCUUCUUCAGUCUCUUGAUUUCCUCCUUUGUUUAGUCAUCCUUCUCUUCUUAAUCAGUCAAAUAUUUGCUGCUUCUGCUUAUUUCUUUCUUCCUGCUUUUUCUCUUUUUAAAAUUUCCCCUGAUUCUCCCCCAGUUGUUUUGUGUCCUUCUUUUUUAAAGUCUUGUCCUGGCCCCCUUCAAACCUGAACACUUGAUGACAGUUGAUGACAGGUGUAGAUGUGAGUUCUCGAACAUGAGAAUUGGCAUCAAGUUUUUUGUUUAAAAGCAUCUUAAUGGAAUCAGUAAAAAACAGCCUCACUUUGUCUGAGCUGUCUUAAGGAAGUAAGUCCAGGAAAGCUAUGACUAUAAACCUUGGAAUGUGUAACAGUUGACCAUAUCAGCCAUUUUUCUGUCACUCACUGAUCAACUUUUCUCCCUAGACUUUUAACACUCACAGUUUAGGGGGCAGGCGUCUCACCAAUUUUACAACGAACUCUUAGCACGUUUCAAAGGACUGUUUGCAGAUGUAUGCAAGGAGGGACACAGCAUGAAGAGCAUAAACAGUCCUCAAAGCCCUCAUGAAGUUUCAGUGUUGGGUAGUAAGGACAGCACUGCACCCACACACUCAGUGGGAGGACAGUUCAUGAGUUCAUGAGUGUUGAAAGUGUCCUCCUCCCCCUUUAAGUGAGUCAUCCCUAACAUGCAAAGUAAUAGUAGAUAAAUAAAUACAGUGCCUUGAAAAAAGUAUUCAUACCCCUUGAACUUUUUCACAUUUUGUCACUCUACAACAAGAUUUUUGUAAGACCAACACAAAGUAGCACAUAAUUGUGAAGUGGAACUAAAAUGAUACAUGGUUUUCAAAAAUGUAAACAAAUAAAAAUCUGAAAAGUGUGGUGUGCAUUUGUAUUCAGCCCCCUGUACUCUGAUACCCCUGAAUAAAAUGCAGUGCAAUCAAUUGCCUUCAGAAGUUUCCUAGUUAGUAAAUAGAGUCCACCUGUAUGUAAUUUAGUAUCAGCAUAAAUACAACUGUUCUGUGAAGGCCUCAGUGCUUUGUUAGAGAACACUACUCAACAAAGAGCAUCAUGAAGACCAAGGAACUCACCAGACAGGUCAGGGAAGAAGUUGUGGAGAAGUUGAUACUGCUCAAUCCAUCAUCCAGAAAUGGAAGAAGUAUGCCACAACUGCUAACCUACCAAGACAUGGCCGUCCACCUAAACUGACAGACCGAGCAAGGAGAGCACUGGUGAGAGAAGCAGCCAAGAGGCCCAUGGUCACUCUGGAGGAGCUGCAGAAAUCCACAGCUCAGGUGGGAGAAUCUGUCCACAGGUCAACUACAAGUCGUGUACUCCACAAAUCUGGCCUUUAUGGGAGAGCGGCAAGAAGAAAGCCAUUGUUGACAGAAAGACAUAAAAAUUUGCGUUUGCAGUUUGCCACAAGCCAUGUCGGGGACACAGCAAACAUGGAAGAAGGUGCUCUGGUCAGAUGAGACCAAAGUUGAACUUUUUGGCCUGAAUACAAAGCGCUAUGGGUGCGGGAAAAGUAACACUGCUCAUCACCCUGAACACACCACCAUCCCCACUGUGAAACAUGGUGGUGGCAGCCUCAUGCUGUGGGGAUGCUUUUCUUCAGCAGGGACAGGGAAGCUGGUCAGAGUUGAUGGGAGGAUGGAUGGAGCUAAAUACAGGGCAAUCCUGGAAGAAAACCUGUUGGAGGCUGCAAAAGACUUGAGACUGGGAAAGAGAUUCACCUUCCAGCAAGACAAUGACCCUAAACAUACAGCUAGAGCUACAAUGGAAUAGUUUAGAUCAAAGAAUAUUCAUGUGUUAGAACGGCCAAGUCAAAGUCCAGACCUAAAUCACAUUGAGCAUCUGUGGCAAGACUUAAAAACUGCUGUUCACAGACGCUCUCCAUCCAAUCUGGCUGAGCUUGAGCUAUUUUGCAAAGAAGAAUGGGCAAAAAUUUCAGUCUCUAAAUGUGAAAAACUUGUAGAGACACACCCCAAAAGACUUGCAGCUGUAAUUGCAGCGAAAGGUGGCUCUACAAAAUAUUGACACAGGGGGCUGAAUACAAAUGCACACCUCACUUUUCAGAUUUUUAUUUGUUUAAAUUUUUGAAAACCAUGUAUCAUUUUAGUUCCGCUUCAUAACUAUGUGCUACUUUGUGUUGGUCUAUGACAAAAAAAUCUUCAUGAAAUACUUUAAAGUUUGUAGUUGUAGAGUGACAAAAUGUGAAAAAGUUCAAGGGGUAUGAAGACUUUUUCAAGGCACUUGAAUUAAAUAGAUAGUGGACAAGACUAAAUGUUGGUCUCCUGGUGGAACAUUUAGGUAAAUUUCAGGGUUUUGUUGAACCUUUGAUACCUGCUCAGGCUCUGUGGAGAAGAAAAUGCACGACUAAAAGGGACAUUCUGGCGUUAAAUUAAGUUAAGGUCUACCACACCAUAACACAGAGUUAGACACCCCCUCGAGAGAUGAAUGUCGCCAACUGCUUGCUUCUCUAGUUAUACCAACUCUAGUAACAACCGCACGAUAGCAAUACACAGUGGUCUACAUCUCCACGCACAAAUCUCAACCAAAAAGCCACUCUAUAGCCACAAAAAAUGCUCAUGCACAUCAUAUCACAUCACAUCACUGAGGUGUACGUCUAGAUAAUAAGUUGGACUGAUCUAAGAAUAGAGCCGCCUCUUUUGCCUGAGAAGACUCCGAUCAAUAGACAUCUGUAGUAAGAUGCUGCAGAUGUUUUAUCAGUCUGUGGUGUCUACAGUGUUCUGUUUUACGUUGCAGUCUGCUGGGGAGGAAGCAUCAAACACAAAGAUGCAAGACGUCUUAACAAACUGGUGAAAAAGGCUGGCUCUGUGGUUGGAUUCAAGCUGGACUUAGUGGAGGAUGUGGUGGAGAGAUCUACACUGAGGAAGGUGGAGACUAUUCUAAAGAACAUGGAUCAUCCACUUCACAACACCUUAAUGGACCAAAGGGCCAAUGGUGGUGGACGGCUCCUCUCUCUUUGCUGCAGGACAGAAAGAUUCAGAUUUUAUAACUCUUAUGUAAAUAGUAGAUAACUUUUAGAGACAUAUUAUGUGAGACAACAGACAAUUGAAUUUCCCUUUAGGGAUUAAUAAAGUUCUUCUUAUUCUUAUGCUUAUUCCUUAUAAAAAGUUUUUGCACCACAGUGGACCAAGCCAAAGUGGUGCACAGUACCGCACUAAUUUGCGGACCAUCCACGGCGGUGACACCCCGAGGCUGUGUGGCCAGGAGCAGUUCCCCUCUGUGCCUCCUCAGUAAUCCACAUUCCUGCGCUGGCAUUCAGGACCAGCUUUUGGAAAUGAUCCUUGUGGAACAGGAUUUAACUACAGAGACUGAGAUUGUGAUUUAAUUAAAACAAUAAACAUAUCAUACACAUAGAAUCAAUCUCCUGGCUCAGCAGCUGUGAGUAAAUCUUGCAGGGCAGUGUGACGCAGCAGAGGUAAAGCCUAUUGGUGCUUCAGUGAUCUGUGUGCGUAACCCCAUCAGUGUUUGAGACGGAAGCCCUACAGGGACAAUAAACCACCACUGAGAUAAGUCAACACUGUGCUUUGUGUCUGCUGUGGGGCUGUAAAGCAAACAGGGCAUGGUGAGGAGGAGGAGGAGGAGGAGGAGGAGGAAGAGCAGGAGGGAGCCACGCAGUCUGAACACAGUUUGAACUCAUCCUAAAAGACGAUGAUGGGCCUUACAGUCUCCUAUGCACAAACACAUCAGAAAUUAUGGUUCUUAGUCAGGUCUGUGACUGAGGUGUCAGAGCAGAGACUUUCACGUUAUUAAUUUUCAUCUACUUCAUUAGCAUAGAGGGGGGAUCAGAUUUCACCAAAACAGAGCUAAUCACAGGUCUGUAGUCUCAUCCAUCUUUCUCAAUCAUCACCUAACACCUAAACACUUGAAUCUGAUUGAUCAAAACCUCCUGACAUUUGUCAUUUAUUCUAGAUAGUAAGAGACAACUAGAUCACACUUCAUAUCAAAUCAGUUUGAGAGAUCUGGCAUGUUUUACCUCUGCUUGUUCACAAUGAGGCGAAAACCUUAAGUAUGCUGACUCGUUAGAUCAAAAUGGACGAUUGUACUGAGGGGAUGCCAGAGCUGUAAUCAUCAUACCAGCACGUCUGACACACGUUAUCACUUUAUCACCAACAUUCAGUGCAGUGACUAUCAAUUUAUUCACCAAAUCAUCCAAAAUAAAUAUGUGUUUGAAGUACAAGAGAAUUGAAGACUUAAAAACUCCAGCUAACAGAGUCAUUUUCAUUCUACUCUGUUUAAUGACUGUUCUGAUCUCAAAUUAUGGAGGCAGAGGAGUGAGCUCAGAGUGAGUCGUGUAAACACCUGAUGCUGUAAAUGUUCAUCUGUGGGACAAACAUGUGAUCCAUCAAACACCAUCACUAUCAGCACAGAGCCCAGCAUGUGGAUUUAAACACAGAAAACACACAACCUGCUUCUCAUUGUGCUGAAUGUCAUGUCAGGGUGGUGCAGAAUGCUACAGAAUGAACAGCACAGUUUUAUGGACAUGCCUCAGAGUUGUUUUUAAAGACACACAUGGAGACAGCAGGGCCUCUGUGACAUUUCACCUCCUGUACAAUACACGCUGAGCGUGAAGCUGGAGAGAUGAUUGGGCCCCACUUUACAGCAGUCACUGUGUGUGUGUGUGUGUGUGUGUGUGUGUGUGUGUGUGUGUGUGUGUGUGUGUGUCUGUGCUGUCUGUCUGUGUUUCUGUCUGUCUGUCUGUGUUUCUGCACAGAGGAGCCGCUGCACAGACACAUCUCACCGUACACGUCUGCUGCUCUGAAUCCACCAAAAAACAAGCUGUCUGACAUGGUCCUUGUGAAAAAGUAUGACAUGUCACUAUUAUAGAGACUGCAGGGGUGAAUUGUGGGCCAUCUGAGACUAGUCUAGCUACAUUUAUUCUGAUAAACCAUAUUUCCAAAAGCAAAAAAGAUCAUCAGUGACAAGAGUGACUGUCUAUACAUCCUUAUUUUCAAUGCCAGGGCAAAGGUACAGGUGUCAGCCAAGCAGCUGCAGAAACAGCCUUGUUGUCAGUUGGUUUGAGAUUUUUUUAAAAUCAAAAGUCAUAACUCAAGCAUGUAGAGAACAUGAAAAUGCUUUGUCCACAAGGGGGCACCAAAAUUGACACCAACUGAAAGUCCCUCACAGGAGUUUUAAGAUGAAUAAAUCUGGAUCUUUGUAAAUUGUCCCACAACAAUGGUACAACACCUGAACCAGUGAACACCUCAAACAUAAAAUACUCAAACUUAAACCUUCAAAUAAUCAGUCAAAUUAAUGAAAGAUAAGACAGGGUGCAGUAGCACAUACUUCAGUAUUCCAGUAACUUCAAUAACAAACACAAUCAACUCACUUACACGUCAGUGUCAAUUUCUCACAAAGUAACCAGCCUAAUCACACUGACAUUAUUCCUCCUCUCUUUGCGAGUCUCCAGAAUCAAGUGUGAGAAACAUGUUCAUCUAUGGCAGAUGUUCUCUAUGUCUCCCGGUGUUUUUAGACGUGCAGUGUUUGAAUCCUCUUCUCUAUCUGUUGUUGAGUCCAGUUUGGUUCAGUGGAGGCUGACAGUUAAAGUUAAAGCUUAUCUGCCUCAUAUGCUUUGAUAACAUAGUAAUUCUUUAUAUCUGGGCUUAGAGCUGGUGUAAAAUGCUGCUGCUGCUCAUCUUCUUACUGGAAAGAGUAACUCACACCUCUGCUUCUCUCUCUUCACUCGCCUCCAGUAGUUACAGGAUUGAUUUCUAAUAUUUUGUUGUUGACCUGUAAAGCCUUUAAUGGACCUUGCUGAGCAGAACUUCUCCAUGCUAAUAUCCAACUACAGCUCUGAGGUUGACCAAUCAGCUGCUCCUGGAUGUGCCUCAAAUUGACAACAAGUAGCUCCUCUGUGGCCAACAUAAUCAUCCUAACAGAGCUGACUAUUCUGUCACUGUGGGAUAUUUAUUGUUGUUUUUUGUUGUACUUUUUAUCUUCAAAUACUUAAGCUACUUCAACAUUGAUUGCUUUAAAUCAGCUGUAUAAGUUAACAUGACUCUAUUUGGAAGAUGAGCAGAGUUACUGGUCCCGAGUACUUAGCGGCCAACGGUUUUUCGUUUUCAAAUCAAAAAACAAAAAUCAGGAGACGAGCCGUCUUCCGACGACCGGUAGGGAACUGGAAAAUAAAAAAUGGAAAACAAACCAUAACACUAUUAACAACACUAUUAUAUCAAGCCAGUUCUUUAUAUCCUCCUCCAACCCCCCAAUAGAAGAGGGCAGCUGAAUGGUUGCUAUGAAAGCACGUCACUGGGGCUACAACAGCGCGCUGGUGUAUCCAGAUUAAUGUACAGGAAGAUGGAACACCUGCUAGGCAUUGCUGCCUGUCGCACCUCCUCUGGUGCCCACAGGUCAGCUACAGAGUCGUCAGCCAGGAACCACCAUUCACCAAUGUUUCGUUCCUUUGAUCCCGGAACGUCUCCUGGUGGCGAAGCAGUGGCAGGGACGUCUCCCUGCCACCCCCUGUAGCUGAGAGGUGUUACUGUCUGCCGCUAUCAUCUGGGUUAGUUGUUCUUUCCCCAGCACUUAUCCUUUCUCCUCAGCCAGGGCCAAAAGCUCCCCUCCUCAGCCUUUUCUGCUAGCUCUUUGGUUGCCUUCUUCAGGUUCCCUCCAGUUACUCCUAGUCCCUCAGAAGGCGUGUCGUUGACAGUCCCACAUAGCCUCUGCAUCUGAUCUCCACUGGGUAGACGGUAGCCUUCCAACCAGCCUCCCAGCACUAAGCAGCCAGCUCUGAGUACUUGGCCUUCUUUCGUUCGUAGGCAGCCUCAAUCCCCUCCUCACUUUAUGUCAUGUCACACUACAAUUUAAAAUACCUCACUGAUUUGGUUGUUUUGGAAUUCCUCCAAUUAUGUUCUAUUUAGUUUGUUCCUGUAUGUAAUUAUUUGUGUAUAUACUGUCAAAAAGUGGGAAAAGCACAAAAUCAACAACUCUUUUUUGGCACCUUUCUGUUGGGGCACCAAGCAUACGAUUCUGAAGAAUAAAACCAGACCAAGCAGCAGCUUCUGGUCUUGAGAAAUGGGGCUGAUGCAGUGGGGCUAUAGAUUGCCCUUCUCAGAAGGUCUAUUUAAGGCUGACUAUAAAAGAACAGGUAACCAUGUACACAAAAAAGACAUUUUUAGAGAAAGCUAUCUUUACUCACCUCUGCAGAAUAAUGGUACAGUUGGCUGUAGAAACACAGGUAAGAUCAGGUUAAGUGUACCAAUCUGUACCAAACUGUCCCAAUCUGAACCACUGCUUGCUGCAGAAAUGUACAAUUCCAGGACUUGUCCUGUCUUUUGGCCAUGAGCAGAUGUUUCAUAAAGCAUCAACUUGAAAAGCUCAGAUCAUUCAGAUCAGUGUGAUAAUGUGAAACAGCAUGAGGUUCACAUUACUCUAAAUAAAGUUACACAACACUCAGCGCAGGACAGACUGAUCUGUAAACAUAAGUCAGUUCUCACACGGUCCCACAAGGAAACAGGUUUUUGAAAAAACAGCAUCUGUGUCAUCAAACCUGACUUUAUCACUUCUUCACUCGUCUCACUGGACUUUUUUAACAAAAUGAAACCUCGUUAGAGACAAAAUCACGUUUUAAUUUAUCUAACUUCUUCUUACUGUUUUACUGCAAGUCGCACACACACACACACACACACACACACACACACACACACACACACACACACACACACACACACACACACACACUCUCUCUCUCUCUCUCUCUCUCUCUCUCUCUCUCUCUCACACACACACACACACACACACACACGCACACACACACACACACACACACAGAGCAAGGUGUGGAAGUGAUCAGUGUUGUGUAAGUUAAAUCUCCUUAUUCAGACAUUGAACCACUGAGGAAAACAACAGAGCCAUUGUCUGCCUCUGGGGUGAGAGAGGGUGGGGGUUGCUAUUUAUUUCAUAAACUUACCAGCUAAUCGACCUCCCCCACCCCGACUCCAUUUCUCCCCCCUCUGAUUCUCUGCCGUCACACUCUGGACGUUUUAUUGCACAUUGGAGUGCAGAUUUAAUAACUAUGCCACUCACAAACAUUCAGGAGAGUUAUCCUCAAUGCUCCAGAGGUGAUUCUCUGAUAAAUGUUUUGGGUGAAGUAACAGAUCGACAGAGGACACUUUCUCCAUUGUCCCAUGAUCAACUGGGAAGAACAACAGCUACAUCCGAAAGAUGCCUGUUUGUGCAAAUACAGCAGAAACACCCAAAGAACACAAUGAGCACACUGAGAUCUCUUGUCGUCAGCGCCACACUCUCGAGGAAUGAAUCAUGAGUUUUAUCACAAACAGACUAUGGUCGGAUCAGAUCUGCACUUAAGUCUCCUUGAUUUCUCCACGUGCCCCCUCGACCACCACAUACCAUGUUUGACAAUCAUGAACUCUGUUGCUCUCCUGCACAGAGAGGGAGGUGGUCUGACUUCUAGAUGGCACAGAUUUGGAGAGAUGUUUAUCUAGUGGUGUAAUCAGACUGUUUGAGGGGCAGGGACAGGAACAAAUGAAAGGGGCAGCAGUCCACAAAAGUUGUCAUCAACAGAGAUUAGCUUUCAGGGGACCAUUUUGGGAGCUCUUCAGCUUUUCAUCUGUCUUCUCCUGAUAACCUCAGGUAGUUUCACUGGUUUGUUUCCAGCCAGUCAAAAGGAUGGACUGAUCACAUGAGCUAUAAGAAGGGGUCUGAUGAGUGCAUAGAUUUUGUGGCAGUAUUUUAAAUAUGUAAAAGAAAAACAUGAAAUAUUUGAUACCUAUUGACAAAAAGACACAAAGCCCUGACUGAUAAGAUUAAACCCUUUCAUUUACAUGCUUUUUUGGGGUAAUUUUAAAAUGGAAACAUGUAAUUUAACAUAUACACACAAUGAAAUUAUUAAAAUCUGUUGAAUGAUUUUCACCCAGGUGAAAUCAAUUCCUGCAUAAUAUUUGUUUGGUGCUACAAAGGACAAGACAUUUGCUGUGUUGUCCGUUUCCCGCUUUAAGCCUGUGUGCAAUGGGUCCACAUUUUCAGAAUUGUCUGAAAUAAUUUUCAACCAGAUUUGACAUAGAACUUCCCUAUGCUAUGCCUCAUCCAACACCACUCGCAAUACGCCAAAGAGUGCUUGCACUUCGACAGGAUGGACACAAACAGGCUGAUAUUGCUGAUUUGCUUGGGAUAUCCCAGAGUGCGGUCUCUAAAAUCCUCAGAGUUCAUCGAGAGGAGGGUCAUUUGAGGCCAGGAAAAUCUCCAGGACGACCACGACUGACUACCAGAAGAGAAGAUCUGCAACUGCUUAAUCUUGCUGUAGAAACCGGAAAAUGCCUGUGA